AUGGCGGCGGAGGAGGAGGAUGGAUUGCCCGAGGAGAGGUUGUUGUUCCUCCCGGAUCGCCAUGUGCGUUACUUCCAGCGCAGCUUGCAAGCCCUGCCGGAGCAGUGUGCCUCCCUGGAGACCAGCAGGUACUGAGUCCGGCCCGGCCCCUGGGAACAUGGACACCCCGUGUGCCAGUCACUGAGACACCCGGCCCCCGGGAACAUGGACACCCCGUGUGCCAGUCACUGACACCCAGGAACAUGGACACCCCGUGUGCCAGUCACUGAGACACCCGGCCCCCGGGAACAUGGACACCCCGUGUGCCAGUCACUGACACCCAGGAACAUGGACACCCCGUGUGCCAGUCACUGAGACACCCGGCCCCGGGAACAUGGACACCCCGUGUGCCAGUCACUGAGACACCCGGCCCCGGGAACAUGGACACCCCGUGUGCCAAUCACUGACACCCAGGAACAUGGACACCCCGUGUGCCAGUCACUGAGACACCCGGCCCGGGGAGCAUGGACACCCCGUGUGCCAAUCACUGAGACACCCGGGAACAUGGACACCCCGUGUGCCAGUCACUGAGACACCCGGCCCCGGGAGCAUGGACACCCCGUGUGCCAAUCACUGUGACACCCGGCCCCCGGGAACAUGGACACCCCGUGUGCCAGUCACUGAGACACCCGGGAACAUGGACACCCCGUGUGCCAGUCACUGAGACACCCGGGAACGUGGACACCCCGUGUGCCAAUCACUGAGACACCCGGGAACGUGGACACCCCGUGUGCCGGUCACUGAGACACCCGGGAACGUGGACACCCCGUGUGCCGGUCACUGAGACACCCGGGAACGUGGACACCCCGUGUGCCGGUCACUGAGACACCCGGGAACGUGGACACCCCGUGUGCCAAUCACUGUGACACCCGGCCCCGGGAACAUGGACACCCCGUGUGCCGGUCACUGAGACACCCGGCCCCGGGAACAUGGACACCCCGUGUGCCAGUCACUGAGACACCCGGGAACAUGGACACCCCGUGUGCCAGUCACUGAGACACCCGGCUCCCAUUGAGGGCCAUGCCCAGCGUGUGUGCCAGCCAGACAAUGUGUGUUGUGCUAUGGGAGCCCUGCAUGCCAGCCUGGCCGGUCUCUGCUACAUUUAGUAUAGUAUUACAGUGAUGGAGGUUAUGUCACAUGCUCUUUAUUAAAAAUGUGCUGAAUUCACAUGACCAUGGUACACUCUGUGCUGUAAAUACAUUGCUGGGUACAGGUAAGGUUUGGGAGUUUACAUUUAACAAUUGUUGGAGUACACUGGAUGUAUACAUUGAGUAUCCUUAUUGUUGGAGUACACUGGAUGUAUACAUUGAGUAUCCUUAUUGUUGGAGUACACUGGAUGUAUACAUUGAGUAUGCUUAUUGUUGGAGUACACUGGAUGUAUACAUUGAGUAUCCUUAUUGUUGGAGUACACUGGAUGUAUACAUUGAGUAUCCUUAUUGUUGGAGUACACUGGAUGUAUACAUUGAGUAUCCUUAUUGUUGGAGUACACUGGAUGUAUACAUUGAGUAUCCUUAUUGCUGGAGUACACUGGAUGUAUACAUUGAGUAUCCUUAUUGCUGGAGUACACUGGAUGUAUACAUUGAGUAUGCUUAUUGUUGGAGUACACUGGAUGUAUACAUUGAGUAUCCUUGUUGUUGGAGUACACUGGAUGUAUACAUUGAGUAUCCUUAUUGUUGGAGUACACUGGAUGUAUACAUUGAGUAUCCUUAUUGUUGGAGUACACUGGAUGUAUACAUUGAGUAUCCUUAUUGCUGGAGUACACUGGAUGUAUACAUUGAGUAUCCUUAUUGCUGGAGUACACUGGAUGUAUACAUUGAGUAUCCUUAUUGUUGGAGUACACUGGAUGUAUACAUUGAGUAUCCUUAUUGUUGGAGUACACUGGAUGUAUACAUUGAUUAUCCUUAUUGUUGGAGUACACUAGAUGUAUCAGUUGAGUAUCCUUUUCGUCCACUUUAAAGUUGUGGGAGUUAGGAAGUGCUGUACUCCCUGUGUGACAGGCUGCAGGUUAUGUUUUCUGGUAGUGAGAGCUUCCUUGGCAUUGAAGUUAGGCUGCCAGGUUGAUAGACUUUAUACAGUCUACUAAUUUACAAAUCGCUGCAUUUAUAAACUCAGACCUGUGACUCAGUGUAUAGUAGUUUUGGCACAAUAAACUUUGCAGUAAUGAAGGAUUAUUAUGGUGCAUACAGACACUCGCAUACUCAUACUCAGACACUCACACAGUGGUGUAUUUUAAUUUUGUGCUGCCCUAGGUAUGACUAAACCUGGGCACCCCCUUGAUCUAAAUUCACCAACCCUUCCUGUCAAGGGCGCACCUCUUCCUGAUUAAGAACCCACCCCUUCCUCUUUAGACUCAACUUUUUUCUGCUCCUUUUAACUCCUUAAGGACACGUGACAUGUCAUGAUUCCCUUUUAUUCCAGAAGUUUGGUCCUUAACGGGUUAAAGGAAUACUAUAGUGACAGGAAAACAAAGCUGUUUUCCUGGCACUAUAAUUCCCUAUAGUGCCCCCCUCCCUCACUCUACACUGAAGUUGUUAAAAUCCUAUGGGUAUUUAGCAGAUGCUGGAUGUCCUCAUGCACAGCGUGAGGACGUCCAGCAUCAGUUAGGUGACUUUUAGUCACCUAACCACCCUAAAGUCCCUCUAGUGGCUGUCUAGUAGACAACCACUAGAGGUGGAGUUACCCCUCAAGGUAAUUAUUGCAGUUUCUGAGAAACUGAAAUAAUUACACUUGCAGGUUUAAGGGGACUGGGACUCUGCACCCAGACCUCUUCAAUGAGCUGAAGUUGUCUGGGUGCCUAUAGUGUCCCUUUAAACACACAUUCAGUAACACACACUCAAUGAUAAACACACAGACGUCACUGAUCUGACACACACUCAUUCAUUGACAGAGAUACACUGACAGACAUUCACAAACAUACACAUGCAUUCACUAACAGAUGCACAUACACUCAUACACACACAUGUACAUAUGCUAACAAACGUAAAUACACUAACAGACAUUCAUACACGAACAGACACACAUACACUAAUAUAUAUAUAUAUAUAUAUAUAUAUACACACACACUAACAGACAUAUAUGCACACACAUACACUAACAGACAUACAGACAUAUAUAUACACACAUACAUGCAUACUAAUCAGAAGCAGCGAGGGAGCUAUUAUUGCUCCGCUCUGCUCCCUCACGCGCCGUUUGCUGAUGCCGCGGGAGCCGGAAUAUGACGUCAUAUUCCGGCUCCCGGCAUCAGCAAAUGGCAUGCGAGGGAGCAGAGCAGAGAGAACACGGCUCCCUCACCGCCUCUGACAGGUAGACAGGCGCCCGCCGGGGGGUCCACCAGGUGGCCACCCCAUGACAGGUGGGGCAUUUGGGGUGGCAUUUUUUGCCGCCUCCUGAUUAGUGCCUGUGAUCUAUCAAAUUUCCCUACCCGUGAAAAUCCCAUACCCUCGUCACUUCCGGUGAGGGAAGUCAGCUGGAUCCUGUGCAGGACAUGCGUGUUAGCAUUCCUGCCACUCCUCCACAGAAAGGUCCUGGAAGGUAAGUAAAACUAGUUUUACACUUUCAUUAUAGUUAGUGCAUUCACUAAGCUUAGGACAUGGGACAUUUAGGGUUAAUGUUGGGGUUCAAAUUAGGGUUAGGAUUAAGGACUUGUUUAUAUUUAGUGAUAUUUCACACUAAGGGAAUAUCUAUAAAUAGUGAUUUUUCACACUUAAAUUUUUUUUUUUAAUCAAUCAAUAUCAAAUAAAUUAUUCACAAAUGUCGGGAGUACAUUUUGCCAAAAAGGUUCUUGCUAAGCUUCAAGUUGGAACUUCUCCCAUCAGCUUCCACUCACAACAGCAGAUGUUGUGAUAGGCAUUGUCUUGUGUGACAAGCAAUGGAUGUCUAUGGUAUCUCAUUGCCAAAAAAUGCCAAUGCCCCACAAUGGACAGUUCUGCUGCAAGUCAUUGUCUCUUACACAUACAUAAUCAUAAUCUCAUGACAUUAACCACCGUCAUGCACAAAUAUUUAACUAGCUACACGCACAUUAUUAGAAAUCUCUUGCACACAGAAAUACAUAAAUCGCUACUAGAUCACCUACAGUAUAGACACACACAUAUAUUCAGACACUAACACGUGCAGUGUGCAAGGAGAGUGGGGAAAACUGUUUUUGCUACUGCACCAUGCAGUGAUAGCAUUCUACUUCACUAGCAGGUCUUCCAAUUUCUCUCUAUCAACAAAGGUGAGCAGGAGAGGGAACAUUAUUAAAACAGCUCUGUCGCCUUCAAUUUGUUUAACUUUCAACAUAAUCAAAAGAUAUACAUAGGGACUACUUCGCCUUAUGGUAAAGCCUGAAAUUGACAAAACAUAAAGUCAAAUCUUCUGUUAUCAAUUUUUGUCAAUUCAGCCAGCCAUCACAUGCGAUGUCUGUGAGAAUCUGGCUGCUUCUAACAGCUACAAAGAUAGGUCUAUGGAGUCUCCUGUGAUUUUGCAGGAUCCUCCAUGGAUAUAAAAGUUGUGCUUUCAUAGCUCUUGGAUUAUGUAGGGCCUGGAACUGAAGAAAGAAGAUAGCAGCACUUAAAGUAAGGAUGGUUAAAGAGUAACUCUCACUUCCCUACCUUUAGCUCAACCAAAUAACUAAAAGUUAGGUAUUGAUUAUGUUAAAAGUUUUAAAAGAUUCUUUAUAUUGUUUGCUGUGAAAAGUAUAUAAAUUAAUUCUCAUUGUGCCACAUGCAGGAAAAAAUGGAAGUUAGCAGUUUAUUAGAAAUACUUCAGGAGUAGUGUGUGUGUGUGUGUAUAUACUGCUAUGAGUGUAAAGUCAGAAGUCACUAAUGGACAAAUGUAUAAUUAUGCUCAAUAAUAUUGGGACAGUUUAAUGUACAGAGACAGAAACACUAAAUCCAUGUAUAUUUUACUUUCAGAUUGACCAUUGCAUUUUUUGCACUUUCUGGCCUUGAUAUGCUGGACUCUUUGCACGUGGUGAAUAAGGCAGAAAUAAUCGAAUGGAUCUACUCACUUCAAGUUCUCCCCACUGAAGACCGUGAGUAAAUUCUAAAUCAUCAUUAUUUUUCAAUUUAUUAAAGGGUUACUCCAAGCACAAUGACUGCUUUACUGAUUUGAUAUAGUCAUUGUGCUUGGAGCCUGUAUGUGUAGCACUUCAGUAAGAAACGCUGUGCAUACAGAGGUAAUUACUUUUGCUGCUGGAGGUGUAACUCCAGCAGCAUUGUUAGCAGCCUGCAACUAGACUUUCGUGGUGUUAAUGUGAAUUAUGUGCAUAUAAUGUAUCUGUCAUCAGCACACAUGCUGGCAAUGGAUAUCUGCUGGUGUCAGUGAGACUGCAGGGCAUGAUCUAUACACAAAACUGCUUCAGUAAGCUAAAGUUGUUUUGUUGCCGUUAGUGUUCCUUUAAAUAGGUACCCACCAAAUCAAACUGUUUGAAGCCGGGUUUGAUGUCUUUCUUCUAGUUGUUGGGAUCUAGGUAAUAUUUUUAUUAAACAUUUGAGUGCCACAUAUACUCUUAAUUUGCCAUAUCUCCCAUACCUACGCCAACAUAUCUUAAUUUUAUUGAAGAUCUCUCCAAAUGGCACACAACGUCCUUGAACGCCUACUGAUCCCUAGUAUGAUCUGGUUCCUUUAUCAGUCACCCUCUUAGAACCUGAUCGGUAGUAAGGAAGUGCUGAAAGUGGUCUGUGUCGUUUAAACACAUGGUCAAAGGACUUCCUUUCAGAAAUAAUGCAGGAUAUUAAGAGGAUGUUAUAUUGUGCACCCAACUAGACGGUAUGAAACCGGAGACCCAAUUUUAGACUCCAGACUAUUAUGGCAACCAGACAAAUGUUUUGUUUUUUUGGGGGGUAGGGGUAGUGGUUAUUGGUCAGAAAAAAAUAGUUACACAAAAAACACUUUAUGGUGCACUACCCUUUAUAAAUAGUUACAUGUGUGAAAGGAGACUUGCGUCCUUCAAGUUCAGCCUUUCUCGCAUAGGUUUUUGCUGUUGAUCCAAAAGAAGGCAAAAAAAAUCCAUUCUAAAGCGCUUCCAAUUUUGCAACAAACUAGGGAAAAAUUCCUUCUUGACCCCAAAAUGGCAGUCAGAUAUCUCCUUCUAUCAAGAAGCUUUAUAAUAUGAUUUGUUUUAUAAGUAAGUGUGCUUUAGACCAGAGCCUCAUUGCUGUCUAAUAGCUAUGAACUUAUAAUGCAGAACUGUAAUUUCUGAAUUGUCUUUGAAGUUGAAGAAGCGUUGUGGUAUGGGUUCCAAGAGCCCUCCUUUAGGUCAGACUGCUCCGUAAUGGUUUGACAUAAAAUCUUGUAUAUACACUUAUAGCACCAUGGCCACUACAAUGAACUGCAGUUUUUUGAGGGGGUUAUGUAACUGCAUGGUUUUCCUGUUCCUUUUGAUGUAUAUCUGUCUUGCGUUUUUAAACCCUUAAUGUCUUUUGUUAAUCCUUUAGGUAGAAACAUUUUUGUUUUUAUAAUAAAUCUGGCCUCCUUUGGGAGGCAUGGUUCUAUCACUAGAUGGCAGCAUAUGCUUUACUAAGUGACUAUUGCCAACUGCAUAAAUCUAACUCUUUUGAUAAAUUGCUUUAGGCACUUGCUAAGGUUCAGCAUCUAAUUUAAAUCCAAUAAAUAUGAUUAUUAGCCAGAUAUUGGUGUACUGUCAAUCAAAUCCAUUUUAGUUGAAUUACCUUUUACAGUUCUUUUUUUUUUUUUAUUAUGCAAUUUUUAGUUUCUAUCCCAAGACCAGAAGCAGUGCUUACUACAAUGCUGUCAAACAUUUUAAAGGAAUGAGCAACAAAUAAUUAAGUUUUCAAGGGUUGGUGACUGAACCCUAUCGAAUCAAGUCAUGUAAUACAGCAGACUCUUGGAUAUUUUUGGCAGAUUCGAGUGAGGUGAUGAGAAUAAAUUUGAAAGCAUGAUGUCAAACAAUGCAGUGUCAGGACUCUAGAGAAAACAGUGACUUUGCCUACACCUGAAAGAGUUUAUUUUUAGGCUUUUGUUUUGUUUUUAAUUUAUUAAAUGGUUACUCCAAUCACCAUGAGUACUUCAGUGAUUUGAAGUAGUCAUGGUGGAUUGAAGCCUGGAUGUGCAGUGUAUUUGCUUGAAAUACUGCACAUUCAAAGAUUUAUUUGUGUGCCAGGCAGUGUUGUAUUUUGGAUUUGUGCUGCCAUAGGGAGGAAGGUGUUUGGGCACCCCUCCUAAUUUAAGUUUUCCCCACCCCUUCCUGUCAAGGCCACACACUUGCUGACAGACGCACACUCUCAUAUACACUUACAAACAAUGACAUACACACACUCUCACUAAUUUGACGCACCUCCAAAAGGGUAUUGUGAUGGUCACCCCUGGAGUAGUCGGGGUAUUUACCUCCUAGAUGUCCUUUUCCCCAAUCUGGAAGGGCGCUGUGGAGUACCAAUACGACAUCCUAGUAGAUUGCUAUGAGGAGCAAGUUCCUUAAAGCUCUGAAAAGAGCUAGUGAUUAAAGCAGGUAUAGCAUUUCCCUACAACACGAGACGAGGCUGCGAGUUGAGGGUAAGAAGGUCUGAAGGUUAAUUGAACAACUUGAGUUUUUAUACAGUUUUUCCCCACAAGGUUGAUGCCCAGGUGGACCUUGUGGGGCACAGGACACAGAAUUAACAAACCAAUAAAAACAGAGUCUUACAUGCAGACACUCCCUUACAGUGUACACAACCCCUCCCCUCUGUUUAGGAGAUAAUUGAUUUAAUUACUGUAUCAACUCAAUUAUCCCCAAACAAAAAAAUACAGUUUUUACCCAUUUUCUGAAAACACUCCAAAAACAUAUGGGAACCUCACAAAUAUUACAUCCCCUGAAAGCCCUGAUCUGGGUGAACAACAUAUCUAAAAAAUCAUCCAGAUCAGAGCAGGGGUUCAGAAAUUUUAUGGAAGUCUCUUUUGACCGACCACACGCAUGUUUAUAUGCCCAAAAUAGUUCCAGAGAAUUAGGCUAUGCGGUCGGUCUAUUUCCAAUAAUUAAAAUGUACUUUGAAUGUUCGAAAGGGACUGUUCGUGCACUAAGUCAAUGUCAGAGUGUGUUCGGUAGAUUACUUUUACUGAACGGCACUCUGUUCGUAUGGAUUUAGUUGAAGUUAGCUGGAGGUGGAAGUUCUAGCGGUGUUCGUGCCGUCGAGUGUCCGAUUUUAGUUCCAUGCACUCGACAACAAAACACCAAUGGCCGCGUUCAACUAAACAAGAUGGCCACCGCCACAUGUUCGAGUAUAUGAACGGCGACCACCCAGCCGUUUGUCAAAUUAAGGCUGCGGUUAACCACAGCUUUUGGGAGGUUAACAAGCAGCACACUUCCAAUUAUGGGUGGUGCGGUACUUCGGCUGUUCGGUUCAACGUGGCAUUGGUAAAAGUCCCAGCUGGCAGAAAUAAUGUCCUAGGACCAAAUAAGUCACAGGGGUUAUAGUUCCAAGGUAAAAGAUGGUCAGUUAGUUCUCUACAUAAUCUAGGGGCGAAGUGUCCUUUGUUACAACAAAAAGGGGGAAACACUAUAACAAAUGCAGCAAGGGGAAACACCAUAACCACUGAGAAUACAGAGGGCUCCUGUUACAGGUAUGAGUAACCAUUUAACACUGUGUCACUGUUUAUAAAACUAACAGGUUUAUUUAAUAAAGUAAAAAUGCAAAGUGAAAUUUAAGACCAGAGCAUAGCGGACUUAGAGAAAUUUUCCAGUUUGGCUAUUUUGUCCUUAAAGGAAUAGUAUAGGCACCAAAACAACUUUAGCUUAUUGAAGCUGAUUUGGUGCAUAGAUUAUGCCCCUGCAUUAUCACGGCUUAAUUUCCAUUUACGAGUUAAAUCACUUUGUUUAUGCAGCCUUAGUCACAUGUACUUACAUGUGACUUAUACAGCCUUGCUAAACACUUCCUGUAAAGAGAGAUCUGAUUUAAACUUCCUUUAUUGCACAUUCUGUAUAAUUUAGAAUUUAUCAGCUCCUGCUCGAUUGAAAACAAAGCCAUUUUUUUAAUGUAGGCUGUAUCAGUCACAGCCAGGGGAAGUGUGGUUAGAGCUGCAUAAACUGAAACAAGUGAUCUAGCUUCGAAAUUGUAUGGAAUUCAGCAUUGAGACUGCAGUGGCAUGAUUAUACACCAAAACUGCUUAAUUAAGCUAACGUUGUAUUGAUGCCAACAGUAUCUCUUUAACCCCUUAAGGACACAUGACAUGUGUGACAUGUCAUGAUUCCCUUUUAUUCCAGAAGUUUGGUCCUUAAGGGGUUAAAUCUUUCUUCGAAUUACCACUGUAGGAAAUAAACCACAAAUUUAUAUUUUGGAUAUAUGUUAAUAGGAAUUGUCACUUAAAAUCUAUAAAAAGAAGAGUGAGCUUUGGGAGUGAAUUCAGGAAAUCUAUGGUUGCAGUUGUGUUUUACUAAGUUAUGGAUCUAUAUUUAAUUAGUAAAAAGAAAGCCGUUGAGAUCUAUUAAAAAUGCAAGAAUUACUGUUUUUUGACAUGGAAAUGUGGUAAUUGCUGUUUCAAAAAGUAUAAAAAUAAUCUUGACCUGAUCAGUUCAGUUUAUAAACUACUUUUCUUUUGCAGAAUCAAAUCUUGAUCACUGUGGCUUUCGCGGCUCAUCAUGUUUGGGAUUGCCCUUUAACCCUUCAAAGGUAAAUUAGGAUGUACAUAACACGACUUUUUACUUUACUUUUAUUAAAAAAGAAAACAUAAAUGCACAUUUUGUUUUUGUUUUUUGUUUUGUUUUUUGUUUUAUGUUAUACGUGUAAAUGUUAUGCACUGAUAGAUGUUGCCCACAAAUUAUUGCUCUGAAUCCAGACAGUUUUAGAAACAUGUAUAAAUUUAAUUCCACAUGUAGUUUCCUAAGGUAGUCUACUAUUUAUAAGGCAGUGUAUAAAUAUUUUGCCAGCAAAUUGGGCUUGAAAUACAAUAUUGUCUGUGGAUAUAAAGUGCAGACCGUAAGAGUUAAUAAUUAAAAAAUAUCUAAAAUCAAAAUUGAAAUACCUAUUAUCAGCAAAUCAAACCAGUUCUAUUGCAGAAGGACUGAAAUCAAUUUUUAUAUCCAAGGCAACAGAGCUGGAGUCCUACUGGCCUCCCAAUCGGAGGAAAAAUAGCAAGUUUUAGAAUCUUACUUGCUGGACGAAAAAGGGUGGUAAAUUCUUAAUCUUUAAUUUAUUGCAAAUUAGCUUGCAAAUUUUCCUAUAAACUGUAUAAUCUGAGGGAACAACCAGGAGUGUAUCAGCCCACAUAGAAGACGAUUAAUACCUUGUCAUCCGUAGAGUUACCACAGUUAUUCAGGGAUGAACUUCUGGCCGCGUUUUCAGCCCUCCUGACUCAUAAGGCACCAGGCAUUUAUUACCAUAAAUCGUUCCAUUUGCUUGGUUCUUACCUCCUUAAAGUAUUCAAUUCUAGCACCUCUGGGGGGGGUCAUUGCCGGGUAAAAUGCUUAAAGCGCAUAUUAUUCAUUUUACCCAAGUGCGUAAGAAUCCCACUAAAUGUGCUAACUUUAGACCCAUAUCUUUCGAAUUGUGACAUAAAGCUGUAAUCUAAACUGAUUGCUAAUUAAUUAUCCACUAUCAUUCCUUCCAUAAUUCAUAACGAUUAGACAGGUUAUGUUAAAUCCAGAUAACUCAAGAUCUCUCCUUACCAUCAAACAGACUUUGCAACUCCACUCUCUAGUGGGGAUGCUAAUGGCCUUUGACACAGAAAAGGCCUGUGAUGGGCCUAAUUGACACCACAUGAAACUAGUCCUCCAAUGUUUCAGCUUCCCGUGUGCAGCCAUUGCGACCAUUAUGUUGCUAUAUGCUGUUCCUCCCAUACAGAUCUUAUAUGCAGAGUUCACGUCGGAACCAUUUCACAUUACUAAUGGGACCAGGCACAGGUGCCCGUUGUCACAGAUUCUCUAUAUUUUAGCCAUUAGCCCAGGUCAUGACAAGGUCAUGGGGCUUGCGUGUGAAGCUCACACUAUUUUUUUACGCAUGACAUCCUGCUCAUUACUACUAACCCUUUUUGAUCACUGCCAGCGCUACACAAGGUGCUGAUGGGGUUUGGUAAGAUUUCUUAUUAUAAAUUGAACACCCCAAGACCCAAGUGCUGUCCAAAAAUAUCCAUCUCCAGGAUGUUCAAAUGCUACAGUAUACACUUAUUACUUAAGACGGAACAGUAUUAAGUAUUUUGGGGGGUCAACAUAGUGAAGUCCAUAGAAGAAACUUUAAUAAUAGUAAUAAAUCGUACAACCCUCAGCUUAUUCAAACGGGGAAAAGGGAUUUUCAUUUCAGGAAACAUUUGCAUAUCUCCUGAUUCAGCAGAAGUAGCACCCUUAAAAUGGUUCUUUUACCUAAAUUAUUAUACGUAUUUUGCAUGCUUCCCUUGCUAUUUGCAAGGUUUAUUUAGGGACAUAGGUGUCCGAGAGUUGUUAGUUCCAUCCUAUUACUUUGAGUGAAUAAUGGAGGUCUGAGAGUGCCUAAUGUCAAAGAAUACUACAAUGCUAGAAUCCUGGCACAGGCUAUUGGGCUGCUCACACCACAUGGGGAAGCACAGUGGAUAGACAUUGAAUUUAAUUCCCAUUCCCCAUGCACCCUCACCGAUUGGAUGUUGUUAAAUUCUUCACAAGUCUAUACUUCAUUCCACUGCUAAAUUAUCUGGGUAACUGUGGAAUACAUUUCUUAAAGAGUGUGGAGUAGUGCAAUACAUUCUUAUUCGUGCGCCGCUGGGUGCUCUGUGGGCACUGUUCACUUAUAUACGUUUGGGGUCAUGGGUGGAAAAUCGUAUCACCCAAAUAUCUGUUACUCCGCAACAUUCAGAUGACUCCAAAACCAGAACUAGCGGUUGCUUACAGUAUCACCUACCUUCAAUUUAAAUGUAUUAUUAUCCAGCACUUGGCUCCACUUUUAGUUGCCCUUAAGGGGAGGCCCAUGCUUUUCCCAUGCUGGUACUGGGGCAUUGUAUGGGUACACAGAGAAGGCGGAAACUCUUAUCCAUUUAUAAUGGUUUUCAUUUAGCUUUUCAUGAGCUUACUAUAACUACAUGUGCAAAUGAGAAGAGGAUUUGCAAGUACAAUUUUUGUUAAGGGAUUGCCACCUUAUGCUUAAUGCUCUGUGCAAAAAAUUACUAAAUGUACAAACCACUUAGAAAUGCACAACAAAUUGGUUAUGAGGUGGUAUAUGACGCCUUCCAGAGUCCGCAAAAUCUUUUCAUCCCUGUCCUCACAGUGUUGGUGCUCUGGUUCUGAACUUCGUACCUUAAUGCAUAUUUGGUGGGCCUGCCCCUACAGUUGGUCAUAAAUAUGAAAUUUAAUGAAGAAGGUCUAUAAUCUGGAUUUGCCACAGUUCCUAGCGUGCUAUCUGUUAUUGAUGAUACCUGAGAUUCUCCCAGUUGAUGCGAGGAGAUUGAGUAUAUGCAUUCUACUAGCAGCACAGUUGUCUAUAGCAAGAGCGUGGAAGUUCACUAAGCUACCGGAGAUACAGGAAAUAACUCAGGAGGUUAACAGUACAUACAGGAAGCAACUACAUUGAAAUAAGUAAUUUCAAGUAUAUAUUCUCUGAUGUAUUGGUGGGCACCAUGCUCAGUGCUCUUACCACCCUCCCACCUCCCUUCCCACUCCUGCACUUUAAACAUCUUCACUCACCAUGUGGCAAUAUUUUAACCUUUAGUGUUGUCUCCAGCAUAAAUUACAUUCAGAGAGGGAAUUUUCAGUUGCUCUUGUUGAAAUUGAAUCAGUUGCAUUGCCCUGCUAUAAAAGGUAACUCUUUCAUUAUUUAUGGAUGGAAAUACCCUGAAAUCAAAGCUGUUAGACUGCUCUUUAUCAUUUUAUCAUUUGUCUUCUUUUUUUAUUUUAUUUUUUAUUUCACAUUUAAAGUGUUACGCCAAGCACCAUGAUUACUUUGAUGAUUUGAAAUGGUCAUAUUGCCUAGAGUCUGUAUGCGCAGCAUUUUGUUAUGAAAGUUUUGUUUCCUGUGCCACUACUAACACCAGAGAGACGAAAGUUCCUAAGCAGUGCAGGCCUUAGCUUAUUGUCUGAGAACAACAACAGAUUUCCCUGCACUGCAGAGGGGGGCUCUAGACCACCAAUGGUACCUUAACCACUACAGUAACAACAAUGGUGUUUAGAGUGUUCACUUAAUGUUAGGGCUGGCCAACUGUCAUAAUUGCGACCUGUAUGGCUUUUAACUGUUUUUCUCCUCCAAGGUAUUGCAAAUGGGGCAUGUUCAGUCUUUUUUAGUAGCCACUUAGUCACAAACACUGGCCAACGUUAGCCUUCAUAAUUGUUUUUUGCAUUUUUAACACACCAACAAAUAUAAAUGCUAACUUUGGCCUGUGUUUGUGACUAAGUGGGUACUAGAAAAGAUUGGACAUACCCCAUAUUGAAUACCCAGGGUUGUCUUCUUUAAAAAAAAAUAUGUACAUGUGAGGUGUGAUUCAGAGAUUUAUGACAGAUAACCGUGUUACAUUAUGUGACUAUUGAUAAAUUUUUAAAAUAUAUAUUUUGAAACAGCAAUGUCCUACUUGUAUUUAUAGCCCUAUAACGUGCAAAAAAAAAGCUAAGAACAUGUUAACAUUGGGUAUUUCUAAACUCACGACAAAAUUUAGAAACUAUUUAGCAUGGGUGUUUUGGCGGUUGUAGAUGCGUAACAGAUUUGGGGGGUCAAAGUUAGAAAAAGUGUGUGUUUAAAAAAAAAAAACAACAAAAAAAAAAACCAACAAAUAUUUAAUCAUAUUUUAUAUAAAAAAAUAAAUAAAAAUUUAUAGUAAAUUAUAUGAUGAAAAUAAUGGUGUCUUUAAAAAGAACAUUUAAUGGCGAGAAAAACUGUAUAUAAUAUGUGUGGGUACAGUAAAUGAGUAAGAGGAAAAUUACAGCUAAACACAAACACCGCAGAAAUGUAAAAACAGCCCUGGUCCUUAACGGUAAGAAAAUUGAAAAAUGGUCUGGUCACUAAGGUCUGGUCCUAUGCAAAAAGCUACAACCAACAGAGUACAUGUAAAUAAAUAAUUUAAAAGAAUACUUCAAGCAAUUUAACCUUUACAGCUAUAAAUGGCCUUUUCUCUUUGCAGGGACAUGGAUUGUAUCACCCCUAUGACAGUGGUCACAUAGCAAUGACAUACACUGCUCUCUCCAGUUUGCUUAUACUGGGGGAUGAUUUUAGCAGAGUAAAUAAACAAGCCUGCCUUGCAGGUCUGCGAGCGCUCCAGCUUCCUGAUGGCAGGUAUGUAUGUACAGUAUUUUAUCAUUUUAAUUAUGGCAACACCAUGUUUUCUGUUAGUGGAAUUCAUUUGGGAGGACAGUUGCAAUGUAUUUUUGUGUUUAAUUUUUAUUUUUCCUGUUGAAUUGGUACUUUUACGUUAAAAUUGAGUGACAUUUACAUUUGCACAGAAUCAGAAUUGAAUAUCAGAUGCCCAUAGGCACAAAACAGUGGAUGGCAGUGACCACAGUGGAUAGUGUCAAUGCUUUGUCAACUUCAGGUUCCAGUCCAUCUUUUGCUCCUGGCAGAAGUUGAGCAAUACUGGUCUACACAUGCACAUGUGUGUGGGUAUAUAACUGGGGUCUAUGUAAGAGACUAGGAUUCUUCUUUAAGAGAAAAUUUGGUAUAAAAAUUACCUCCUAUUAUUAAAGUGGCUCUGUCAUCAUCUCGGGUCUUUGCAUAUUUCACAAGGAACUAAAAUGGUGACUGCCUACCUGGAAGAUGUUUUACUUACCUGAAUCUGUCCCUCGUGGCUACCACCUUGGUCUUCCUGUUAGUCCUCUUCAGCUUCGUGUGCUUCAUAUGCCAGUAACCUAAGUCAGUGUUUUACUCUCAUGCAUGUGUGUAGAGUAAAACACUGAGAUCUAUAAAGGGAUCCAGCGAAGCUGUGGGAGCCUCCAUAAACAAGCCAACUUGGUGGCGGUAACUCUGCCAAUUUGUCAGAUGUAGGAAGUAGUCCGUACUUUGUCUUUUGUUUAAGUUGUGGCUGUCAAUGUGAGUAGUUCAUAAAGAUUUAACUUUAUAAAAUACUAAUUUUGAAGGGAGGGGUGGCAGAGCCGCUGCAAUGCAUUAUAAAGAGAAUGCAUACAAUAAAAACGUAUUUUAAGUUACCUUUUAUAGUUUCCCUUGGUGCACUGUUUAGUGAGUCGGCCUCAAAACUUGGAUAUAAAUUUGGUAGAGCUGGCUAAUUGAAGGAGGGCAGCGUAGCACCUCACUUAUAAUUUGCAUUUCUCAGAUCUCAUAGUUCUUCAUCUACCCAUCAUUUCAUUUUAGGAUAAAAACAUAAUGCCUUUUUUCUACCCUUGUAUGUAAUUUUGCUUUAUGUUUAACUCUUCAAUGACCGUUCAUUUUCUUGUCACAGUGUAAAAGUAUUUGUCUGUAAACCAUGAAUGGGGUCAAUCUUCUGUUUAGUAAAGCAUACAAUAUAGCAAGAGUUUGAUUUGCAAAGUACACAAAUUCAUGUUUAUAUUCUGUUUGCUAAUAUGGAUGUGUAAGCAGGAUAUUCUUUUUUUAAUGCGCUUUUUAAUGAAAUGUAUUUCUCUUUUAGUUUCUGUGCCGUACCCGAGGGCAGUGAGAAUGACAUGCGGUUUGUGUACUGUGCAUCCUGCAUUUGUUAUUUGCUGGAUGACUGGUCAGGAAUGGACCUGGAAAAAUCUAUUGACUAUAUUAGAAGAAGUACGGUAAGGAUUAUGACAAAGCACAAAUACUUACAUUUAAGUACUAGCACUUGUCAUUCUAUUCUCCUUUGUAUGGAAGUAUGUUCUGGAGGAUUGACACUGAAAAUCCAUUCUACUCUUGGAUUCAGUAGUGCUGGGAGCCUCUGUGAAUUGUGUUUACUCCCAUAUACUUUUGUCAUUUUUUAUGAAAUUAACUUUUUUACUCACAGAACAUUUAGAUUCGGGUUGCUCUAACAAACUGAUCACAUUUAUUACAGAGACUUUGUCACUGAAGUCUUGCUCCCAUUAUGUAAUUGCCAUCCUCUUGGUUUAAAGUGAAAUUCCAAGCUCCAUAACCACUACAGUUUAAGGCUUUUCUGCUGAGCUGACACCUGCUCCCACUUUGAAACAUUUUGACAAAACUGGAGGGAUUCGUAUGUCCAAUAUAUCCAGCUUCAAUGCGCUUAUGCUGAUGUGAGUGUCCCUUUAAUGUCCAACAUGUGAUCCUUAACUUGCUUUUAUUAUUCACGCGAUUUCUUCAUCUUCUACUUUGCAUGUCUGUUGGCCAAGUAAAGAUGAAAAUCUCUUAUUUAAAAUAUGUGCAAUGUUACAUUGUUCGAUAUUCAGUUAUGGCAGCAGGACAAUGUGCUUUUGUUGACAAUUUUCAUAAAUGCAGCAAAAUUUGCAAACCACCAAGCCCUUGGUAUAAAGCAGAGAGGCUGUCAUAAUUUGCAACAUUUCUUUUUAUAUGUCGAUUUUUACAUAUAUAAACAGGAAGUUAGUGUGACAGAGAACCUGUCACUUGGGGUGGGGGUCUCUGUAUUUGUUUGUGAAGUCCCAACAUGUCUCCUGGAUGGUGAUACGUCGUAGGAGAACAUAAAAGGGAGAUCUCCUUAACCCUUCUUUUUCACUUUUCUUCUAUCACUUUUUUUAAAUCUUUUCUCAGAAACCCUAAUGAUCAAUAUGGUAAUUAGCUUGUAUGGAAUAUCAUGUUUAUUUUGCAUAUGUAUAUUUUUAUUUGAUGCAAGAUAUUUUAAAGAAUGGAUGUGGCAUUUAGUUCUAGGAGGGAGUUUAUUCUUGGUCUUUACUAUGUGAGUGCCUUGGGGAGAGAUGUUGGGGAUGUGCAUGGAGCAUGCGAUCUGCAUAUGCAAACCACAAUAAUUUGUCACUAAUAACGUGCAGCUAUCGGACUAUGGGGUGAAUGAUUACUGUGGUCUGCACCCACAGGAAGAGCAGAUCUUGUGCUCCUCCGCUGGAUCACCAGGGAUCCAGGACCGCCACUGGACCACUAGGGAUCAUAGCCCUCUCCCUGCUGAUACAGAGUACCACUGCAAACAUCACAUAGAGACAACAUAUGCCACACACAUUACAUACAUUUAGUACACACUACACACCAAUAUUGCAUAUAGUCAGAACACACCUCAUACAGACUCCUUACAUACAGCCAGCACACACCACACACUAUAUCGAGUAAAGAGGGAGAGACUAUUGGGGGGGCGAAGGGGGGACGACAGAGGAUGAGGUACUCAGCAUAAUUCUAAUUUUGAACUGAUUUUUAAAAAUUAAAUCUGAAUGGCAAAUAUGAGGCGAAAUGUCAGUUGCGGCUUGAAUUUUUAUUUAAAGCUUAUAUAUUUAUUAUAUCUUAUAUUCUUGACACAGUUUUAUUUACUUCAGAUUUCAUUUGUGAAAAUGCAGCGUUUAGUGACCCUGACAAUGUCCAGGGCUCUAGGCAGUUUCUCUAUUCUUUUACACUGAAAAUAUUUUGUGUCAGAACAAGUAUAUUGUGAUGACGUACAAGUAGAUUCGACUACCACCAAGGGCGUUGCUAGGUGGCAGAGCAGGGGCUUCAGCCCAAGGAGAAAUUUUAUAGCCCUGCUCAUUUUAUAUUACUGUCCUGCUUAAGCCCCACACUAAACAUGUAUAAUCAUUUAAAUUUAGAUUAUUUUAUAAACCCAUAUUUAGACCAUAGUAAUUUCGCAUGCAGGGAGCAGAUACACAUGGACAUAAUUAAAAGAAUGUACAACAAAAAAUAAGUAGGUGAUCACUAUAGUGAAAUAAGAGUAUAGGCUGCAGUAAACAGUACAAGGCUUCCCAGACCUCGUGAGUGAACAGAUAGCAAGAAAAAUAGCAUAUACUUAUUCUGAGGUCUACUGGGCUAAGCUACCUGAAGACCUAUGUACGUAUAACGUAUAACUCAAACUGGGCGCGGGAUAUGCUAUUUUUCAUUAUUAAAGGAAUGCUCCAAACACAUGUCUAUAGUGUCCCUUUAGCCCCUUAAGGACACAUGACAUGUGUGACAUGUCAUGAUUCCCUUUUAUUACAGAAGUUUGGUCCUUAAGGGGUUAAAUCACUUGUCAGUAAGACCCAAUUUAAAUCAUGAUUUUUGAACUAAAGACUCACUCUUGCUGGUUGUUAUUAAUAUUUGCAACCAGAUAAAUAUUUGAAAAUUAGAAUAGUAACUUUUGAGGUUAGUUUAAUCGUUAUUUCAGGACCGAUUUUUGUUAUAUGCCGUUAGAAAUAAAUAGAUCAGGCGUGUCCAACCCACGGGCCAGAUGCGGCCCUGGGUUUGUAAUGCAGCCCAGUUGCUGCCCAGGUGGCACAGCUUCCUCGCGUGCCCUGCAGUGAGCCGGAAGCUGGGAUAUGAUGUCAGCAUGGCACUGACAUCACUACUGGGCAAGCGAGGGACAUGUGCAGGAAGAGCACAGCGAUCCCAUCGCAGCAGCAACCACUGGCCACCAAGGAGAGGAUCCACUCCAGCCCUCCCAGAGUAAGGUAGGGAGGCUGGGUGGAUGUCUUAAUUACUAAAUGUGGGUGUAUGACUGUGAUUUUUGUGUAUGCCAGUAACUGUGUGUGGGUCUGUGAUUGUGUUUGUGCAUGUCUAUGCUGUCCUACAUAUGGAGGGCUUUAACGGCAUUAGGGCGGCAUAGCAUGCCAUAACGAUCCUCACAUUAUACUUGCUCUCCUUGUCAGAUGCGAUUGGGGGGACGACUGCCUAACAACCCUGCAGCCAUUAAUGCCUCCCGAUCAGAGUCAUUUUAUUCUAAUUGUAUUUUGAUUGAUAUAUAUUCUACGCUUAUAUUUAUGUAUUUUUUGCAUAAUUAUGUGAUUUUUAUUAAUUCUAUAUUGUGGACCUGAAUGACAACCCAGGCAGAAAGUCUAGAGAAUUUAAUUUCCAAGCCUUUAUAUUUGACCCUGUAACUUUCCAAAACCCCAUAAAACCUGUGCUGUUGUACUCGUUUUGCAUCUCUGAACACAAAUAUAAAUGUUUUCGAGCAGUAAACCAUACGACAAUGGUGUUAUUGCUGAUAAUACAGGUUUUGUGUGAAAAAUAUGAAGAGGAAGUUUGUCCAAGAUUUGUUACAAAGUGGCUACUAAAAAGACCGGACAUAUCCCAUUUUGAAUACCCUAGGUUGUCUACUUUUGCAAAUAGUAUGUUUUAUGAGGGUCAUUUUCAUUCCUUGGCUGCAAUACAGUCUCAUAGGCAACAUAGGCCCAGCAAACCAAUCUGGCAAAUGUCAAUGUGCAAACCAACUGAAAGGGGGAAAGCUCUAUAUAUUUACUCCUGUAACUUUUCCCAUAAACCCUGCAUAUGAUGGGUACUGCUGUACUCACGAGACAUCGCUGAACACAAAUAUGGGUAUUUUAUUGCAAUAAAAGCUAACAGUAUUAUGACAGUCACCGUUAAAAUGUCAUGCAGAACUUUCUCACAGUUUUUGUUAUUCAGAUUAAAUUGUUUCAUAUAUAAACAACAAAAUGAUAUAUAAUAAGUGUGGGUGCACUUAAUAUGAAAGAGGUGAAUUAUAGUUCAACAGACUUAUAGUUCAAAUUCCAGGUUUUUGUUUUGGUUAGAACUUGUUCAAUUGCCUCUGUCCUUAAGGGGUUAAUGAUGCUGCUGGAGUUGGAGUUAUAUCUCUGACAACAAAUUGCAGUUUCUCUGUAUGUGGAGCAUUUUAAGCUGAACUGAAUAUGUACAGACUCCAAGUAACAAGAUCUCUUGUUACUCAAACCAGUGAAGUGGUUAUGGUACUUGGAGUAACCCAUUAACAAUAUCUUUAUCGGUGUCAAAUGGAACAGAUUUUUCUACACACACACACACACACACACACACAUUUAUGAAGUGGCAUUUCAAAAUCUAAAAGUAAUUUAACUGUAUUUAUUUUAACCAUUUAGAGCACUAGACAGACUUACUUGUGGGGCUUAUUCUGUUAAAGUCAUAAAUUAUAUUAUUCAAGACGAUGAAUGGGUCUAAAACACAAUGAAAGGAAUAUUGUGCCUUCAAAUGUCAUAUUUUUUUUCCCAAAACCAAAUAUAACUCUUACUUGAAGUUAUUGAAUAUUUAAAUAAUUAUAAUUGGCUAAUUAUAUAUUUUUGGUUUAUUUCUUAGUCUUAUGAGAAUGCACUGGGACAGGGCGCUGGAUUAGAAGCUCACGGUAAGAUUACAAUUUUUUUUUAAAUUAAUUUAGUUUAAGCCUUUUUUAGAAUUGCACUAAAUAGCCACUAUUCUUACAGCUAACUUGUUUUAGCUUUUUUGAUGCAUAGCCCGCGCGCAAUAAAGGACGUUUAAUCAUUAGAUUUCUCUUUAUUGAAUAGUGAGUCUGCAGGGGCAUGGUCUAUACACCAAAACGACUUCACUAAGCUUACAGCCCAGCCACUUUGCCUGCCACUUGCCUAAUGCUGAAGUGAAAACCUGCAUUAGCCAAUCCAAUUUCAGGCGGCAGUGAUGGGGUGGGAGUGACUAACCAGGUGAAAUAUACCGGGUACCAGGUAGCAUGUAUGCAUCUCACCAUAUUGGGUUAGUAUCAAUAUGGACACUAAUUGUGGAACGCAUUUUUAAAAGACAGAGCACAUCAUUUAGCCUUAAUAAUUAGGAACUGGCUUAAAUGUUCUCAAAUAGGAUGACUUUUCAGUUCAGGAUGGAUACUUUUUAAGCUGUGUUCUAAUUCCUUUAGUACUGAUUUCCAUGGUAUUGGACAUGUCUUUUGCAUGUUUAGCUUUCAUGAUUUUAAUUUUGGGAAUGUUUUCUUUGGUCUGUGGCCAUGAAUUUCCCAGUGAAGUAGAUGAAAUCUGGAAUGUGAUCUUUUUGUCUGCCAAAUAGCCCCAGUAAUUUAAUCUGCCCAAAGUUGGAAGUGACAGGCUUUCUCUGUACCACUAUUUCAAAGGACUUACCUAAUUUUAGCAUAACUUUGUUGUUUGUCACACUUGAAUAUGUACAAAAGGGCAAACUUUUAUACUAAAAAUAAUAUCGUCUUGUGAGAAUUAUUCGUAGAAUAUGUAUUUUUUUUAGUUAUUUUUUUUUUUUGUAAAUGCCUGUUUUCAUUUUUCUCACUGACUGUACUUGGACAGAGGAUGCAUAUUUUAGGGUUUCACUGUUUAGUACAUUAUUUUUGGUGUGAAUUUUUUUAUGUUCUUGAAUUAUUUAUUUUUGAAUUCUAAAAGAACCCAACAAGACCUUAAAGGUUUACUCCAACCAUUGUAAGAACUAUAGCACAGUAAGAGUAGAAAUACCCUUGUUUCAUUCUUUAGCAAUGGUUUGUCCUCUUACCUGAGCUCCCACCAUGCACAGACUCUCCUCUCAAGUCAGGUUUACAACAUCUGGCUUUUGCAGAACUGCAGAUGCCAAUCUUGCGGCUCAUUCAUUAGUCGAGAGCAUCAGCUGAUUGCUUUCUACUAAUGAAUUAAAUUCUGUGAUAGAAAUAUGCACAGAAUUGACAUUAUGGCUAAUGACGUCCCACUGAUGCUGUCAAACAUGGAAGGGGUUUAAACUCAGUAUGUACAGUGCAAAACACUGCACAUACAGACUCCAGGCACCACUACCACUUUAUAACACUAAAGUGGCCAUGAGUAACCCUUUAACACUUUUAGUAUGAGUAUGCAUGUUUGUAUGAACUAAGGUGCCUCUAAUAUCAGGAUAGCACCCAGGACAUUAAUGUUACAGACUUCCUGAGAUUAGUUCAAGUUACAGCUGAUUCCAUUUUUUGAGCCUGUGUUUCGAAAGUGAUCUAAGAAAAGAAGGUCUGGAUAGGCAGACAGUGUGUGAUUUUUUUUUUUUUUUUUCUAUCUUCUCAUGCAUGUCAUUUAAAGGGACACUCCAGUGCCCAAAUGCAAGUAAAAAGAUACAUUUUAAAAAUUACAGUUUAGUAGAUAUAUCCCAGAUGAAAACAUGCAUAUAUUUAAUUGUUGUUUUUUUUUUUUAUUAUUGGAAAAGCAGCAGACUUCUUGUCUAAAGCUUUGCCAACUCUCUUCUAACACAAAGUUUCUGUGGUUGUCCAAUCACACACUUCCCAAUGUAGCAUAAUGAGUCAUUACAAGGCAGGUACUCUAGGCAAUGUCUGGCUCUUGAGUUUAGUUUCACUGAGCUAAACAACCAGGAAGUAUCUGGAUCAGUUAUGUAACUGGCAGCCAGGGAGUGUAACAAGGCUAAUUUAGAAAUGCGCCAAAAGUGCUUCGGAGUUCUGAAGUGUCCCUUUAGGAGAAGGGAGUAUAAUUUCUUUGACAUACCAAAUGCAAAAGGAUAUGCCCAAAACGGGGAAAAAUAAUAAAUAAAAGAACACAUAAAUUAAGAGAGACAAUGCUCCACUUACUCCAUGGAAGACACCAGGUUAGGUGGCUCCAAUCCUAAAUAGUCAAAUGAGGCAGUUCUGUUCAAAACGGCAAAAACAAGCGAUCACCACGAUAAGGAAAAAUGUGUAUAUUGAAGGUACCAGUGAUGAACAGGGGGGGGAGGAAUUAAAAUAUCUCCUUACAUGCUUCAGACACCGUGGCUAAUCAGGGGUAACCAGCCUUUAGCUCUCUGAAUAUUGAUAUUGAAUUAAUCAGGUUUGGGGUUUGUUUGUUUUUAUGUGUUGUUUUUUGUUUUUUGUUUUUAAUUUAUGCUUUUUGUGAGGUAUUCAUGAUUAUUGCCGGUGAUGAAGCUCCAACUUACUUGACUUAUCCUACAGCACAGUGGAAAAUACAUUUACUGAUGUGCGUGCAAUUUUUUAUUUUAUUCUAUGCAUUUAACAGGAUUCUUAUUUUAUAAAUGCUGUUUUUUUAAUUUUGGGGAACAGGUGGCUCUACGUUUUGUGGUAUUGCUUCUCUUUGUCUAAUGGGAAAGCUGGAGGAAGUGUUCUCCGAGAAGGAGCUGAACAGAAUUAGAAGAUGGUGCAUAAUGAGGCAACAAGAUGGAUUCCAAGGCAGACCAAACAAACCUGUUGACACGUGUUACUCAUUUUGGGUUGGAGCAACUUUAACGGUAAAUCACAGAAUGUAAAUGGGGGAAAAAAAAUUAUUAUUUUUUUUUUUUUGAAAAUCCAUUGGUAAUUAUGCCUGCUAGUGUAUAAUAUAUACUCUCUCCCCCCAAUGUCCCCUAAAUUUCACCGUCCCACAGUAAAUAUGUUUUUGUAUAGUUUGACAAUUUACCUGGGUCCGACCAGGCACUCAUGGCUGCAUUUCCUAAUACCAGUUUGCUUCUGCAGGAAAAUCCAGUUAACUCUACAGAGCUAUCCUGGGCCUUGCAUGACCCUGCUUACUGGUUUAGAUUGUGAAGUUCGUGCUUUAGAAGUUUUAUUUCCUGUUCGGUUAAAUAAACUCAAAUCAGAAGGCAGCUGCAGGCAAUUAACAGGAAACAAAAGCACCUACCUUCAUUAUGUUUCCAUAUUAAGGGUGACAGCACUUCUUCUUGAUGCUUCUACUGAUACAUUUGGUACGCGUGCAUGCAUUCUUUAAGCCUCACUCAUCCUCAUUUAUACUCCAGGAAUGAUUACCAGCCUCUAGAGCAAGGGUGCCCAGUGGGUAGAUCCCCAGUUGUUGUAGAGUUACAACUCCCUUGAUGCUUUGCAUGCCUUUAGAAUGACAAAGCAUAAUGGAAUAUGUCAUUUUAAAACAGAAAAACUCUAAAGGGACAAAUUUCUCGGGCAGAAGCCACUAGUCACUCAUUUUAUACCCCGCAAAUGAGUUGAAAAUGUCCACUAACCCUCUUCUUCCAAACAAUGAAUGAGGUUAAUUGGGUGAUACCAUUUCUACAGUCAACGAGGAGUGAAACACCUCUACCAUUUUACUGUUAGCAUUCCAGAGAAUGAUCAAAAUUACAAUAACACAUUUUAAAUACCUUUAUUUUAGAAAUAUAAGAUUAAAGUGUAUUUAAUGCCAACAUUUUCAGUAAGCUGUACUGCUAGUAAUGCCUUCAGGACCCUUACCAAUACCUAUAAGCAAGCUAUCAAACAUUUUUUUUUUUUUUGUGUCAAACUUUAUUUUUGUAGUACGUUGCCAUGACAAAGCAAGAAAACAAGAAUACAAUAUGACAAAUUACAAUAAUUAGUAAUAUGAAAUGUCGAUGAUAUGCACUAUUUUUGUUACUAGAAAAAGCAUCAAGAACUUAGUUCUAUGUAAAUAGAGUGAUUAAAACAUGCUGAGGCAUAGAACUUUGAGCAAACAUUAAGAUAGAAAUAAACCACUGGGUCCAAAGAUUUAAACUAUGGUAGAGAUAUCACUAAAAACAAAAUAUCAAGAGCAUUGCAAGCUAGGUUCAGAGUGUGGCCGUGAACAUACAGCCUAUCUGCUGGCAGAGUAUUAGUCGGUCAGCCGAUUCCUAAUGAGUGAGAGUCCAUGUCUUUGCCAUUGUCUGCCCUCUCGAUGGAGUCCCUCAGUAGUGCCUAAACACACAAGCCGCUCAGGAACAUCCCCAACAAGCAAACCUCCCGGCCUCCAGCCGGAGCUCUGGUCUGCAGUCCGCAGAGCUCAUGUAGUUUGGAAACCUGAGUGAUAGGCCUCUGAGACCCAGAGGCUGUGCCGGGAGCACGCACGCCCGCCCGCCUGUCUGGUGUUGGGUCGAAUUGAAGCAGGUGUGGGGGCCAAGGAGGUAUGGAACAGACUGCCACCGCCACAGUCUCCUGCGCCUGCUCCUCCACAGCACCCACUUGGGAACACUUGAGGGAGACCCACUGAAGCUACAGCGUUCAGCUAGACCGAUCUCAGUGUCCCUGAUUUUACCUGCAGGAGUGGAGGUAAAACCACAUUACUUAAAUAUAUAAAACCAUGUAAUUAGGGGUGGGGAGGAUUAAGAUUAGGUUAUACUGACUGGCUUGAGGUCUUGGCUACUUCUGCUCAUUGUGUACACUAUGUGGUGAGGAGAUUCUCGUUAUUAAACACAAUUGCUUUAUAGUUUUUCUGUUUGUGUUUCUUUCUCUCAUUUACAGCUUCUAGACAUCUUCAAGUAUACUAAUCUAGAGAAAAACAGAAAUUUUAUCUUGUCUACACAAGAUCGUCUUGUUGGAGGCUUUGCAAAAUGGCCAGAUAGUCACCCAGGUAAAUGGAUAUUCUUUUCUCUCUCUCUCUCUUUUUUUUUUUUUAAGGCACGCUAUAGUCACCAAAACAACUUUAGCUUAAUUAAGUCAUUUUGGUGUGUAGAUCAUGCUCUUGCAGUCUCACUGCUCAAUUCUCUGUUAUUUAGGAGUUAAAUCACUUUGUUUAUGCAGCCAUAGUCACACCUCCCUGCAUGUGACUUACACAGUCUUCCUAAAAAUGUCCUGUAAAUAGUCCUCUAAUAGUCCACUUCCUUUAUUGCAAAUUCUGUUUGGCUUAGAAUUUCUUAUCUCCUGCUCUGUUAAUAGCUUGCUAGACCUUGCAUGAGCCUCCUGUGUUUUAUUAAAGUUGAAUUUACAUAGCAGGAGAUACUUAUUAAAGUAAGUUACAUCUAAUUGAAAAUAAAACCAUUUUGUUUUCAUGUAGGCUGUGUCAAUAACAGCCAGGGGAGGUGUGGCUAGGGCUGCAUAAACAGGAAGAAAACUGAUCUAAUUCUUAAAUGGCAGUGAAUUGGACAGUGAUACUUCAGAGGCAUGAUCUAUAAACCAAAAUUGCUUCUUUAAGCUAAAGUUGUUUUGGUGACUAUAGUAUCCCUUUAUAUUCCAGUUGGGUUUUGCAAGUUGCUUAACAUUGUUCUCAUAAUUCAAAAUGUUCUCUUAUGGGGGUAGACUGAAAUGCAAUAUUAUAAACCUUUUUUUUUUCUUUUUUUUUUUUCUUUUUUUUUUUAUUACAUCAUGCUCUUUACAUUAUGAAGUUAGUUUAUUUAAGGCAACAUGUCUACAUUAGGUAAAUAUAAACAAUUUUAUUUGUAUUUUCAUAGAUUAAAUUAGUUAGAACAUCUACAUAUGUGUCGCUCGGAAAUAUACAGCUUCAUUAUGUUACCAGAAGAUUGCUUCUGAACCUGUUCAAUGAGAGUUCUUUCACAGUUCUGUUGUUUGAAUCCCAGCACAGUGGCGGAUCUGGGGGGGGUGCAACGGGAGAAAACCGACGGUCUCCCUCUCCUCUGCCAGCACAUGCAGGCGCCAGCCCUGCAAUGUGCCUGCGGACCGGGGAAGGAGAUCAUAGAUUUCCCUCCCCGGUCCGCAGACACUGUGCUGGCAGCCUGGCGGGGGUAGGGAGAGAGGACCCGGGAGCUCAGCCCGCAGCUCCUCCGGGUCCUCCUCUCACGAGCACGGAGCGUUGCCAUGGCAACGCUCCAAAUCUCGCGAGAGUGAACUCUAGCCCAGGAGCACUGCCCCCCCAUACACACACACUGCCCCAUACACACACACACACGCACACUGCCCCAUACACACACACACACACACGCACACUGCCCCAUACACACUUCCCCAGACACACAUACACUGCCCCGAUACACACAUUACCCUACACACAUACAUUGCCCUACACACAUACACUGCCCCCUAACACACACACUGCACCCCUGACAUACACUGCUCACACACUGUCCACUCACACACACACAUUGCACCACUCACACACACCACUGCUCCUAUGCCCUAUGACAGCCCCAUUUCCUAGCAGACCUCAGGUAAGUUGUCAAACUGUUCUUAAACGGUUUGUCUACUUACUCUGGGAGGGGGUCCCGGCACUAUUGGCACCAUAACCACUACACUGAGCUGUAGUGGUUAUUGUGUAUGGAUUAUUUAUUUAAAUAAUCUACAAGUGCCCCUCCUGAGAUCAGGCUCUGGAUCCGCCACUGUCCCAGCAUGCCUAGGACGCAGGUUUUGUAGUGUGAAAUGUUAAUAUUAAAAUUUGAUACAUACACCCAUUUUCUAGCACAGCAUGUAAAUAUAAUUUAAUUUUAAAUGUAAUUUGUUUGCAUGCUAGAUAUACUGUAACUAUACCGGCCUUAAUUUAUUUGUAAUGUCAUCUGCCUUAACUACAUGUUUUCAGAUGCAUUGCAUGCCUACUUUGGGAUCUGUGGCUUAUCUUUGAUGGGGGAAGCAGGUAUUAAAGAAGUCCAUCCAGCUCUGAAUGUAAGCCUACCUACAUAUAAACAUCUUCGGAAGCUCCACAACUCAUGGAAAUUAAAGGACUAUGUAAAACAUUCAGAUGACCGGCACAUCUGUACUUGACUGACUUCCCGCAGUAUUGCAUUGAGAUGCAGAAUUGUAGCCUCACUUUUAAAGCCAUGUAUUAACCAAGUGUGCUUUUUCGUACUGGAGUCAUUUGAUCAAAGUGUUUUUGUCACUUCCCUGUACAGCAGCCUUCAGCCAUUUCUCCUUGUACCUCAAUAAAAUGUUUUGUAUGUUGACAUUACUUAUAACCCAUUAGUUCUUUGUGGAUAGCUAUUCAAUAUCUACCUGAGAUUUCUAGAAUAGAAGGGACACUACCAACAAUUAAGUUUGCAGAACACAAGCACCGAACAUACAAAUAGAGGUUUCCUUUACCAUAAUCACACAGAAUAUCACAAAAAUAAUUAAUAAGUUACAUCAUCUGCCGCUAUGGCCAAUUGUUUAUGUAUUUUUUUAAUAUUUUUUUUUAAACAAUCCUUAUUUGGACAUGCUUGGCAAAUUUGUUGUAUUUUCCACUUUCAGCUAUAGUCUAAAUAGGCGGCAUCAAUUCGUACAUAAGUGGAAGCCCCCAGCUAACCUAAUCUGCCAAUCUAUAGUGAAUUACUCCCUCCAAGCCCCAAAGUAAUCCUGGGGGGGGUGGGCUACGCCUACUUCUCCAUGCUACUUGCUUUUUCGUCCCAACACUUGUUGGAGUUUCUAUUUACCCUUCCCCCUCUUGUCAACCCAGUCAUCUCAAGUUCAUUAGUUGCUGCUAUCCAUCCUGCAAACAUACAGGGUUAUUAAUUGAAGCGUGAAUUGUCAUAACUGUCAGUUUUUAAGCCACAAUAGACGUAAUGAAAACAUAGCCGACUUGGAGAACUUUUCAAUUUUUAUUCCAGUAAAUUAACACUUCAGUGACUAACUCUGACAGUGAAAAUGAAGUGCUGUUAUGUGGAUUGGUAGAGUUAUCCUAAAACAGGGACAAAAUUGAUAAAUAAUUUUCAACACGGUUUAAAAAAAAAAAAAAAAAAUACUAAAUAUAUAUAAACCCUUUGGUGGUAGUGUCCCUUUAAGAGUUAUUGAAAAUAACCCGUGAUCUAUUUUUUUAAUCUUAAUCUAAUGAAAGGCGGAAAAUGUAAAAUUCUUGAUUGAUGAGUAUUUACUUCCCAGUGCAAAAUAGGAAUAUAAAAUUUUCAAUCUGUUUAUUUUAUUACUUACUAAAACAUCGGUAAGAUUACACUGAAGCCAAGAGAUGCAACUGUAGAGCAGCUUUGUAAGAUGGAAAACUGUAUUAAAACAAUAUAAAAAGGUGUGCCAAUAUUAAUGUGAGCAAAAUUUGUGCUGUGAAUAAAGUAUGAUUCAGUGUAACAGGAUAAUCUUAAAGUUUAUGUGAUGUGUAGAUGCAACUUGUGUUUUUAAUGUUUUUGUCUUAAAUAUGGUUUACUGAGAGCUCUCGUAUUUUAAUUAUAUGAUUGCAAUCUGGUAGUUAAUGCACAUGUGUAAAGAGCCAUUCUGGCAUUAGGUUCUAGGUGUUGUCAUGGAAACCAGUGCAACACUCUUGUUCUUUCAGAUUGUUAAACUAGAAUUUUUUGUCUGACCCUGUACGUCUGCAUUUAUUAAUGAGACUUAAACCUUCACAGCUAGGCUAGCCAACCUGUAGUUCUUCUUCAGCUGUUGAAUUUAAACGCGAAACGAGAUCAAGAAUUUAACAGUUUGAGAGCUUUAGGUUGGUGGCUGCAUCCCUUCCACAGGAGCUGCAUGUUGCAAUAUUUUCAUGAAACACUGCAUCACACAUGCUUUUCUUACACCUCAUUGCCAAGUACUGACUACAGAAUGUGUGCCGUUAGCUGCAGUUUAUUACAAAGACAUAUUGUUUAACCAAAUAAAACAUUGGUCUAUAGUAGUGAUUUAUACUAUUUUUUUUUACAUGCAAUUUAUUGCCCAAUAAAUAAACAGAUCUAAAAGUUGGUUUCUAUGAACAUUUUUUUUUAUUUUUAUUUUUUUAAUUGUUUUAGCAAUAAAACAUGGUGGGAUUUGUGCAUUUUAAAGAUGCAUUUUGGGUGCUGGAAUGUGCUUUUGACAUGCACAAAAAAGAAAAAAUGGAAAAUGAAUGUAUUUCUUAUUCCCUUCUACACAAGUUGCAGGAGUGCAACUACAAUUUGUGAUAUAAAAAUAUAUUUUUCUCUAAAAUGUUAACAGUUUUUAGAAGAGAACUACUAACCUUUCUAGACUUUAAAAUAAAUACUUUCCUUUUAAAGGAUACCCUGAGCUCUUGAAAAUUAUUUAAUUGCGUGUAGAAUUAUUAUAAUUUUAAAAAGCACCAACAAAUUCCAUAGCGCUGUACAAUAGGUGGACUAGCAGACAUGCAUUUGAAACAAGACAAGCUGGAUGCAUAGGAACAGAGAAUAUUGAGGGCCCUGCUCAAACGAGGUUUUGUUCUAGAGGGAGUGGGGUGAAGUGGCACAAGUGGUAAGGGUAGGAUGUAUUUAAUGUAUGUGAAAAAGUAGUUGCCAGACCCUUUAUUUUUUGUGUGAGAAACUCUCAACAAUACACAUUAUUACCAAAUGUGACAAAAUGUUAAAAAUCUUUUUUUAAAAACCACAUUUUGGUAAGUGUACAACUAUUGUCUGAUCAAGCCAUAGCAGCACUGAUGAAUAAGCAUUAACCAUCUAAUAGUUCAGAUAUCAGCUACGUUGAUGCAAAACCCACAAGUGCGCUCCAAGAGCAUACAAUUGUCUUCCAGUAGGGAACAUGCGAAUCUAUGAAAAAGGCCCACACGGAAUAAUAUGCAAAUAUAGUAAUUUUCAAAUAAAGGUGAAAAUGUAUGCACAAUUUAAAGUAAUAUAUAGAUAUUAAAGCACCAUACAAUUCCAUAGCAAUGUACAAUAGGUGGACUAACAGACAUGUAAUUGCAAUAAGAUGAGUUGGACACACAGGAACAGAGGGUGUUGAGGGCCCAGCUCAAACAAGCUUACAUUCUAGAGAGAUUGGAGUAAAGUGGCACAAGAGCCCAUUUCUGAGUAUGAAUAUAUCUAUAUUUUAUAUUAUCGAUGUCUUAUGACAAAAAUAUUUCAUAUUAAAAUGCAACUAUUUGAGUUGUGAUUUUUAUGAAGUAUAAUCAAAUAAUACAUUUGUUAUAGGUUUACUAAUUCAUUCCUAAACAAAAGUGGACUGUGUAAGAAGUGGGCUUUAAUGAACUUGAGUGUAAAUGUUUGUAAGGGAAAAUAGAGAAAGUGAAUUUUAUUUUUAAUUGUUUUUCAAUAAACACAAUUUUAAUCCACAUUCUCACUUGUGCAUCAUGAUAAAGCCCAGGUUCCCUUACCAUGAUUUCUCCUUCACCCUAUUGACCAUUAACUCUUAGCCAUUAUUGAGUGUAUUUUUGUGUUUAAAUUUAAACACAGAAUUUAAAUUCCAACUUAAGGAUUUAUUCCUGAAAAACAGAAUUGAGAAGUGAAUUGCAAAAUGAAAGCCAAAAUAGCAAAAUUUAAACUAUAGUUUAAUGGGAAAAUUUGUAAAACUUGGCUGUUUUGGCCUUUAGUUUGAAAUUCCCUGCAAUUCCCCUUUUCAUGAAAAAGUCCUGCACACUGUCAUGGAUAUUUUUCUUCUGCACAUUUGGUUUUGGGGUACGGGGCAUGGCAUAGGCAGAGUUCAACGCAUAAAAUGGAAGUGGUGAUAUUUCAGGCUAAUGAGCGGUAGCACAUUGAACUAGGGGACAUGGGGUUAGGAGCAAUGUCUGCGUGACACAGUUGGGUUAUGUGAAUUUCAGUUUCACUUUAUUGUAGACAGUUUCCAUUGGUGUCACCUUCUGUGUGAGAGAGAAUGGGGUUUGAAUAAGACUGGAGUUUUUGUGAUAUAUUUCAAGGUCUGAAUGACUUUCAAGGCUUUCGAAACAUAAAAAAAAAAGAAUUCUAUGUGGGUAAUGUACUAUUGAAUGUUAGCAUGGGGGUCCACAAGUAGAUGAUUGUCCUGGGUCCCAUAACCAUUAAAGCCGGCCAAGGUGCAAACAGGAGGUUAGCUACAACCAGCUAAAAUUAUUUCGAUGAGUACCUUUUUUUUUUUUUUCAUUGCAACUAUUUUUAUUGCUUUUUUUAUUACAUAUACAUUUUUUUGAUUAAAUAUUAUAGUUUUUUUUUUAAAGUGCAAACAUUUGAGUUUUUAAGAAGCCAGGAAAACAGCAAAGUUAUAAUUUACUUGGGGUUUGAAUUCUCUCGCUUUUCGCACUCAAUGGUGUGGUGACUUGGAGAUGCAGACAGACUCGUUCCAUAAAGUGCCAUUCAAUUAUAAAAACAAAAGAUGGUAACAUAAUUCAAGAACCAACAAAACAUUGUAAGGACUCAUGUCUUCAAAAAGCAGCAGCACGUGUUGCCAGAAGGAAAAUGAGUCAAAACAUAAGAGCAGUAAGUGCUACUUUUCACAAUGUGAUAGGAAAUGAGAUGUCGGGGUUAAAUGAUGACAUAUUGGCACAUAUGCCCAGACAAUCAUCCCUCAUGAGAAGUCUUCUCUAUCACAGAAUUGACAAUAAUUUGCCUAACCCAAAAACCAUACAUUUGGACAUUCCUGAAAUGUAUAAUCAACCGAUACUUUAUGAUUCAGGUAUGGGCAAUCCAAACAGAAUUCUGGUUUUAGGUGAUAGAGAUCUUACCCUCAAAUUGAACAAAGGUACCAUCUAUGAAGAUGUGACCUUCGAUAAAGUGCUAGAUAUAUUUUACGAAGUGUACACGUUACAUGGCAAGGUGGGUAAUUCAUAUCCACCAUUGUAUUUACAUUUUACUACAAGAAAAGAACAUGGACAACUAUAAUAGAAUGUUUGAAAUAAUGAAGCUAUCAAUUCCAAAUCGAGUACCUCAAAAGGUUUUAGUGGAUUUUGAGAAGGCUUGUAUUAAUGCAGCGAGGAGGUCAAAGGGUGUUAUUUUCAUCUGUGGCAGACUUUUAUUAGGAAAAUCCACAAUACUUGAAGACUGAAUAUGAAACUACUGUAAACAUAAUGAAUUAAUUUUAGGGUGGCUAUGUGUGCCCAACACUCUACUACUGUAUUACAAUCACCUCCCAAAAAGGGUUUUUCUCAGAAGCUGUGUGAUUACCCAUUCCAAUGUAUCCCAAAAGACACCGCCAAUGACAUUAGGAAUAAUGUAGGGAAAAGGCAGUGUUUACAUUAAUGCCUAGUAACACCUCUUGUGGCAAUCAAUCAGGUGGACACUAGAGGUGCUUCUUGGCUCAAUGCUGCACACUGUAUGGAGCUGCUGAACCCUCCCCAUAGAAAUUAAUUGAAUCAAUGCAGCUCUAAGAGGAGAUGCUGAUUGGUGUUUUGCCACAAAAAAGCUAUAUGUGUGCACAAACCACAGUGCAAUAAGUGCUCAACAGAUAAAUAGCAGAAAAAAACCUCCCUGAAUCAGGUAGGAUUUCCCCGAAGACUUCCUCCUGUCUUCAACAGAACAUGUAUAGAAAAAAAGGGGAUGAUCUGCUAAACAAAUAACAAGAACAGUGCAUAGCGCAUAACUGUGUGUAUGAAUAAACCAAAUGUAUAGUUUUCAAAUGGCCACUCACACUUUCGUUGAAAUAGAAAUGCCUCGAAACUGAAUUGCUCUUUUCAGCAAAAUUGCUCUUUUCAGCAUAAAUGCCCUUCCAGGAAUGAUUCUUCCACCACUUUUAAACUCUCAUGGAACAGUUAAAAGGUGUGUGCUCAAAGAAAAAAACAGAACUUGUAGUACAUAUUUAAAAAUGUAGAAAAAAUAAUUUAAUCACUUACAUCUAAAUAUAAAACAAUGGAUGUAUUCUCACUGUCACCACCAGGGGUCCUACGCGUUUCGUCCGUAUGUAGGACUUCCUCAGGGACUUCAGUGACCAGAAAUGACAGCAUACAAAUGAACAAUAAACAACCCUUCCCUUCACCACCCUUUAUACCUCCCCCAAUGUCCUCAAAACUCUUUAUCCGAAUCAGGUGCUUGAAAUUUCAGUUCGACGGCCGAUAUCUAUGACGUCAUCCUCAUGCGUCCGUCGGUUUCGCAUGCGUUCCACCAUGCGUUCCACUGCCGAAACCCGGAAGUGCUUUAUGCCUUCUAUGUAUGAAUCACGUAUUUCUAUUCCAAGUCCCUCUCAUUAGAGGCAGAUUUAAUAUACAUGGAUCGGAGGCAAGAAGAAAGGGGGGGGAUAGGGAAAAGGGAGGAUUAUACACUUCAAACAGUACUACAAGAUUCCAAAUAUAUAUAACUAACACAGCCUCAUUAUACUUAAUAACAAUAAAACUGUAUACACUGUAUAAUAUAUGUGUACAUGAAUCAAAUUAAAAUAAAGAUAUAUAAUAGUUAAUAGACAAACUGACAUAAAAAAUAACAAAAAUAAAUACAUAAUAUAAAAAAAGACAAAAAAAUAAAUAAUAAUAAUGAAAAAUAUGAAAAUAAAAAAUGUAAUAUAAAAAUAAAAUAAAAUAAAAAAUAAUAAAAACGAAAAUAAAAUAAAAUGAAAUAAAAUAAAAAUAAAAAUAAAGGAAAAUAAAUAAAAAUGAGAAUAAAAAUGAAAAUAAAAAUAAAGCACACACACUUAUAAGGUGGAUAAAACGUGAUAUCCCAAUUUAUGUUGCAUUUUUUCAAAUAUUCCAAAAGAUAUAAAGUAUCCAUACAUUAUUAUUUUUCUCCUCUUUUUUCCUUUGAUGAGAUAUUAAAAACAUCCCAAAAAGGAGAUUUAUUAAUUUUAACGUUAUCAUUGGAUAAGAUUAAGAAAUUAAAUUGUAUUAUAAAAUAUAGGAUAGAAUUCCAUAAAUAUAAAAAAUAGAAUUCGAUCCAUCCCCUAUCCUCUUUUUUCUUUUAGUGGAAUGUCAAAGACAUCCCACAAAGAGCAGUUGGUUGAUAUUAAAGUUGUCCUUGGAAUAAAAUAAAAUAGAUUAUAUUAAAAAAUUAAAUAAAAUUUGAUGAAUGGAAAAAAGUAUACUUAUAAUUGAAAUUUAAUUGAAUCCAAAAAACGUCAAAUCUCAGAAUGCAGAUUAAAAAUCUGUAAACAUAAAUCUGACGCAGUUGGAAUCCAACAAAUCCCAGUAUAUAUAAAUCUGAUAUAAUAAGAAUUCAAUGAAUUUCAGAAUACAUAAAAGGACAAUUUGUCCGUCCCAAAACUCAUUUAAAUCUAAUGAUACAAAAAUAUUCUACUACUGGUACUCAUGAUGUGGAAAAAUUAUUUUACCACCUAUACCAUAAAAAAUAUAUAGAAAAAAUGCAACAUUUACACUAGUGGUGCAAAAAGGUACCUACAUCGUAUUAAUUUUCAAAAAAGCUCCAUAGGUCUAUAUCCAAAUUCAACCCAUGUGGUUGCAACGUUUUUAAUUUGUUUAUCCAAAAAGUCUCCCUUUGCGAGAGCUUUUUCAUUAAAUUGCCCCCUCUCCAAUAAGGGUCAACCCGCUCUAUACCCAUGUAGGAAAAAUUAUUCCAAUUAAAUUUUCUGCAACUAGUGCAAUGAAUCGGUACUAUAUGUUUUGUUGACUUUUUCUUAAUAUUAUUUUGAUGUUCCAAAAUUCUCUCUUUCAAUUUUUGACCCGUUCUUCCCACAUACUGUUUCCCGCAUGGGCACUGUAGCAGGUAGACCACAUACCUAGAGUUACAAUUUAUAUUAGAUUUAACUUUAAAUUUCUCUUUGGUAGUUGUACUUAUAAAUUCUUUUUUCUGUAUAUACCUCUGAUUCUUGCAAGCCUUACAUGAAUUACAAGGAUUAAAACCUUUAAUAUUAGAAAGUGUACCUUUGCGUCCGAUUUUUAAUGCGUAGCUUGGAGCUAAUAUAUUUUUCAAAUUUUUAGUUUUUUUGAAAAUUAUUGGUGCUUUUUUUGGGAGUACCUUUCCUAAUAUGGGGUCUUUGCACAAAAUAUCCCAAUGUCUGUUUAGAAUCUUUUUUAUAUACAGAAAAAAGAAUUUAUAAGUACAACUACCAAAGAGAAAUUUAAAGUUAAAUCUAAUAUAAAUUGUAACUCUAGGUAUGUGGUCUACCUGCUACAGUGCCCAUGCGGGAAACAGUAUGUGGGAAGAACGGGUCGAAAAUUGAAAGAGAGAAUUUUGGAACAUCAAAAUAAUAUUAAGAAAAAGUCAACAAAACAUAUAGUACCGAUUCAUUGCACUAGUUGCAGAAAAUUUAAUUGGAAUAAUUUUUCCUACAUGGGUAUAGAGCGGGUUGACCCUUAUUGGAGAGGGGGCAAUUUAAUGAAAAAGCUCUCGCAAAGGGAGACUUUUUGGAUAAACAAAUUAAAAACGUUGCAACCACAUGGGUUGAAUUUGGAUAUAGACCUAUGGAGCUUUUUUGAAAAUUAAUACGAUGUAGGUACCUUUUUGCACCACUAGUGUAAAUGUUGCAUUUUUUCUAUAUAUUUUUUAUGGUAUAGGUGGUAAAAUAAUUUUUCCACAUCAUGAGUACCAGUAGUAGAAUAUUUUUGUAUCAUUAGAUUUAAAUGGGUUUUGGGACGGACAAAUUGUCCUUUUAUGUAUUCUGAAAUUCAUUGAAUUCUUAUUAUAUCAGAUUUAUAUAUACUGGGAUUUGUUGGAUUCCAACUGCGUCAGAUUUAUGUUUACAGAUUUUUAAUCUGCAUUCUGAGAUUUGACGUUUUUUGGAUUCAAUUAAAUUUCAAUUAUAAGUAUACUUUUUUCCAUUCAUCAAAUUUUAUUUAAUUUUUUAAUAUAAUCUAUUUUAUUUUAUUCCAAGGACAACUUUAAAAUCAACCAACUGCUCUUUGUGGGAUGUCUUUGACAUUCCACUAAAAGAAAAAAGAGGAUAGGGGAUGGAUCGAAUUCUAUUUUUUAUAUUUAUGGAAUUCUAUCCUAUAUUUUAUAAUUCAAUUUAAUUUCUUAAUCUUAUCCAAUGAUAACGUUAAAAUUAAUAAAUCUCCUUUUUGGGAUGUUUUCAAUAUCUCAUCAAAGGAAAAAAGAGGAGAAAAAUAAUAAUGUAUGGAUACUUUAUAUCUUUUGGAAUAUUUGAAAAAAUGCAACAUAAAUUGGGAUAUCACGUUUUAUCCACCUUAUAAGUGUGUGUGCUUUAUUUUUAUUUUUAUUUUUAUUCUCAUUUUUAUUUAUUUUCCUUUAUUUUUAUUUUAUUUCAUUUUAUUUUAUUUUCGUUUUUAUUAUUUUUUAUUUUAUUUUAUUUUUAUAUUACAUUUUUUAUUUUCAUAUUUUUCAUUAUUAUUAUUUAUUUUUUAGUCUUUUUUUAUAUUAUGUAUUUAUUUUUGUUAUUUUUUGUUAUGUCAGUUUGUCUAUUAACUAUUAUAUAUCUUUAUUUUAAUUUGAUUCAUGUACACAUAUAUUAUACAGUGUAUACAGUUUUAUUGUUAUUAAGUAUAAUGAGGCUGUGUUAGUUAUAUAUAUUUGGAAUCUUGUAGUACUGUUUGAAGUGUAUAAUCCUCCCUUUUCCCUAUUCCCCCCCCUUUCUUCUUGCCUCCGAUCCAUGUAUAUUAAAUUUGCCUCUAAUGAGAGGGACUUGGAAUAGAAAUACGUGAUUCAUACAUAGAAGGCAUAAAGCACUUCCGGGUUUCGGCAGUGGAACGCAUGGUGGAACGCAUGCGAAACCGACGGACGCAUGAGGAUGACGUCAUAGAUAUCGGCCGUCGAACUGAAAUUUCAAGCACCUGAUUCGGAUAAAGAGUUUUGUGGACAUUGGGGGAGGUAUAAAGGGUGGUGAAGGGAAGGGUUGUUUAUUGUUCAUUUGUAUGCUGUCAUUUCUGGUCACUGAAGUCCCUGAGGAAGUCCUACAUACGGACGAAACGCGUAGGACCCCUGGUGGUGACAGUGAGAAUACAUCCAUUGUUUUAUAUUUAAAUGUAAGUGAUUAAAUUAUUUUUUCUACAUUUUUAAAUAUGUACUACAAGUUCUGUUUUUUUCUUUGAGCACACACCUUUUAACUGUUCCAUGAGAGUUUAAAAGUGGUGGAAGAAUCAUUCCUGGAAGGGCAUUUAUGCUGAAAAGAGCAAUUUUGCUGAAAAGAGCUAUUCAGUUUCAAGGCAUUUCUAUUUCAACGAAAGUGUGAGUGGCCAUUUGAAAACUAUACAUUUGGUUUAUUCAUACACACAGUUAUGCGCUAUGCACUGUUCUUGUUAUUUGUUUAGCAGAUCAUCCCCUUUUUUUCUAUACAUGGUGUUUUGCCACGCAUGCACAAUAGCUUCUGGAAAGCAUUGAAUUGGCUGAGAUCAAGACAUUAGCUAAUCUCAGCCAUGGAGGCGAAGCAAGGCAUGGCUAGCUACGACAAGUCCUGUGCGGCACUGGAAAAAAGGUAAGUUUAAUACCCUUUUUAAAGGGUGGCAAGUAGGUCUAAACUGUGUUUUUACAACUGAAAGGUCAGGAAUACACAUUUGUAUCCUUAUAGUGUUCCUUUAAGGAAUAAAACCCUGUGUGUUAUUUCAGGCCCUGGUGUCUAGCAGUAUAUACAUAACAGAGGAUUUCCUAGAACUACCGCUAUCUUUGCUAAUAGCUGUGCGGUAUGAAAAUAAACACAAAUAGCUUACAUUAUCCAACUUGAAACAGGGAUAUUCUUGACACAUGAAUGUGAUUUAAAGUGCAAUAUCACAUCUACCUUAGAAUGAGUUUACAUGUUAUGGCAAAUUAUUUAUUGAGAUAUAUAUAUAUAUAUAAAUAUAUAUAUCCUGUCUGUAUUCUGCAAAACAUGUCAUUAUUACUACUAUUCUGCAAAACAAGUCAUUAUUCUAUUAUUAUUUUAUGAAUCUAAAGAGUUAACUUCUUCAGGGUGUGACGAGUUUAAAAAAGAAAACUGGCAUCUGUAAGUUAAACCCACAGGACAUGUUGAGUUGACAUAUCAGCUGUGACCAAAGCUUAAGAAGUCAUGUACUGUCAUUUAAUUAAAACCACAAAGGAUAAGGCUUACCCCCAUGCAAUAUGUCUACGUUAUGUUUGCUUUUUGGUUACUAACGCUUGUUGCUCGGGAAGUCAAUGCCACAGACAUCCUAUCACUCAGGACUGUAAUGAAAUUCUAAACUUAGAAGCAUGAGAGCCAUUUCAGAGCCUUUAAGAGUAUUCAGUGCUCAAUGUCGUUGUUUGUGAAAGGCAUUUGUUUCCGAGCAUAAUCAAUAACUGCAGGCAAGAAACUAUUGCCAGAACAUCAAAUGCAGUUUAUAAUCCAACACUUGAUCAUUAGCUAGACAGACAGAUAGAAUCAGCUAGUCAUUUUAAAAACAGAGAAAUAUUUAAACAGCUCACAAACAUAAUAUCGCAAAUAGAUUGUUGUAUUAUGUCACAGAAUUAACCCUUUCAGGGAUAUAUAUAUAUAUAUGCCAAGUGCAAAGGUGGCCAAAAGGUAGAUCCUCAUCUAUCAUGCAACUCCCACAAUGCUUUGCCAGCUGGAAAUCUGCCAUUUGCCCAUGUAUGCAGGUUUGUGAGCAGUGUUUGUGUGUUUUAAUGUAAGCAUGUUUUGUAUUGAGUAUGUGUGUGUGAAUAUAGAGAUUGUAUUUGUAUGUACUGUUGCCAUUUAAAAGCAGUGGUGUACUUGUGUGUAAUGUUUGCGUUUGAUUGCAGAGGUGUUUUUGUAUGUAGUGUUGGGGUUUGAAUGUUGAGAUGUAUGAAUACAUACUGACACAAAUAUACAUUAACACUGACACACACAACAGACACACAAAAAUGCACACACUGACACUUACAUACAUUGGCACACACACAUAAACACAUUGACACCAGUGGUGUAUUUUGGAUCUGUGCUGCCCUAGAGAUGAUGGAACUUGGGCACCCGCUAAUUUAAAUUUGCCCCACACUCCUUCCUGCCAAGGCCACACCUCUUCCUGUUAAAGACUUACACAUUUUGAAUGACAGACACACACUGCAACACACACUCACAGACAAGCACACACUCCCUAUUUGACAUAAUCUGACAGACACACACAAUCUUUCAGACACACACUGACAGACGCACAUACGCACUGACAGACACACUCACUGACAGACAUGCACAUUCACUGACAGACACACACAGUCACAGACACUCACUGACAGGCAUACACACACAUUCACUGACAGGCACACACACCCACUCACUCAGACACACUGACAGAUACACACACACACACACUGACAGACAUAUAUUCACUGACAGACUCACCCACAGACACACUGAAAGAUAUAUACACACAUUCACUGACACACACACACUCACUGACAAACAAACACACACACGCAUUUUCCCCAACACUCACAAAUAUUUUUUUUUAUUAUUUAAAUCCAGGCUCCCUACUUUUUGGAGACGUGGGUGAAUUAUUUACCUGGGGUCCAGUGGGGCUGCUGGGUGGGCUGGCAGGCUUGUGGGCAGGUAGGAAGGCAGGUGGGUGCGCAAAGUAAACAGCGAGGGAGCAGUGAUCUUCCUGGUCAGCUCCCUUGCCGCCCACCUGCAAAACAACAAGGCUAACAAGGCAUUUGCCUGGGCAUUUGGGGGCAGCAUUUUUGCUGCCACCUGGAGAAUGCCUUCCAAGGCAAGUGCCUUGUUAGCCUCGUGGUAAAUACAUCAGUGACUAACACAUACAAGUCAUAAUUUCUAUAUAUAAAGCCACCCUCCAAUUUCAAUAUUUUUUGGCUGCAAAAGGGGUGGCUUCUCUAGGGUCCAUUGGAAUCUGUCUGCUGGCUGAGGCUGAUAGGAGUCUGGUCCACACUCUCUUCUUUCUCUCUCCAUACUUCUUUCACUAACCUCUUUUCUUCUUCAACAUGUGUGCUCUGUAAGCUGUGAGGAAGGACUUGAAUUUACUUCCUCCCAGCACUGCCGGUCUGACAGGUUCAGACAUGACCAUUUGUUGGCCAUAACUGCAUGGGCCCCUCCAGCUUAGUUCCAACAGCGUGCCAUGAUUGGCGAUCAGCCUAGUGCUGGUGGACUACAAUGGCUAUGGGCCAGCCAAGAUUGACUGUGGAGGAUAUUCCUGGCUUGUCCAUACAGGCUGGCGAUCUGGUCUACAAAUCUGCCUGGUGCAGACCAAAUGCAUUGCUCUCAUGAACUACUGUUAAAGAGUAUUGCAGUGGGUUACCAUGACAAUGCUCUCACUCAGUAAUGCCAAUGCUCACAGGAACAACCGCCGGAGAGUAAAUUAUGUCCCCCCUCUCUUGGCCAAAAGUAACAAAAGGGAGUAGGUAAACAGAUAUAGAUACUUUUAACCCCUUAAGGACACAUGACAUGUGUAACAUGUCAUGAUUCCCUUUUAUUCCAGAAGUUUGGUCCUUAAGGGGUUAAAUAAGUAUUACAUUUUUCUCCUAUUAGGCCCUUGAUUACAGCAAAGUGCAAAAAACACAUUUUUGAAAUCCUUGCAAAUUUAUUAAAAACAAAUAUAUAUAUCUAUACCUAGUAGAGAGCACUCUGGAGUCUUGAUAAAGUAAAUUCAAACUGCUGCUUUAUUAAGCAAACACAGUGAUAAACACAAGAGUUGACGUUUCAGUCUAUGCAGACUUUUUUCAAGACAAUUUACAAUGUGAGCUUGUAAACUCUCAUGUAUAUAACAGCCACAAGAUCACAUUGUAAAUUGUCUUGAAAAAAGUCUGCAUAGACUGAAACGUCGACUAUUGUGUUUAUCACUUGAAUUUACUUUAUCAAGACUCCAGAGUGCUCUCUACUAGGUAUAUAUACUUUGGUUGGGGAUUGUGCACCGGAGCACAAAAAGACCGGGAACAUCGAGUGCUGGGACCUGGAAAUAUAUAUAUAUAUAAUCUACAGAACUGAAGUAUUGUUACUUUAACUCGCAAAAUAAUAAAACCAUCUUAAUCCUCUUAGAUAGUGAUGCACCGAACGGUUCGCCAGCGAACAUAGCGCAGUUCGAUCCGCCCCCUAUUCGUCAUAAUUGAGUAAACUUUGACACUGUACCUCACAGUCAGCAGACACAUUCCAGCCAAUUAGCAGCACACCCUCCCUAGCAGACCCUCCCACCUCCUGGACAGCAUCCAUUUUAGAUUCAUUCUCAAGCUGCAUGCUUAGUGAGAGGAGGGAAAGUGUAGCUGCUGUUGAUUAGAUAGGGAAAUGCAUAGCUAGGUUAGGGUAUACAGUGUCCACUACAGUCCUGAAGGACUCAUCUGAUCUCUGCUGUAAGGACAGCACCCCAAAAGCCCUUUUAGGGCUAGAACAUCAGUCUGCUUUUUUUUUCUGUGUAAUGUAAUUGCAGUUAGUUGUCUGCCACUGCUGCCAGCUUCUGUGUCAGGCUCACAGUGGAUACUGUGCCCAGUGGCACCACUCACUCACUGGUGUCACAAUAGCUUGCAUUUAAAAACAAAAAACUUUUUUCACUGUUAUAGAUUGAAUAGCAGUUAGUUGUCUGCCACUGCUGCCAGCUUCUGUGUCAGGCUCACAGUGGAUACUGUGCCCAUUUGCCCAGUCAGUGCCACCACUCAUAUCUGGUGUCACAAUAGCUUGCAUUUAAAAACAAAAAACUUUUUUCACUGUUAUAGAUUGAAUAGCAGUUAGUUGUCUGCCACUGCUGCCAGCUUCUGUGUCAGGCUCACAGUGGAUACUGUGCCCAUUUGCCAGUCAGUGCCACCACUCAUAUCUGGUGUCACAAUAGCUUGCAUUUAAAACAAAAACUUUUUUCACUGUUAUAGAUUGAAUAGCAGUUAGUUGUCUGCCACUGCUGCCAGCUUCUGUGUCAGGCUCACAGUGGAUACUGAUUUGAGUGCCACCACUCAUAUCUGGUGUCAAUAGCUUGCAUUUAAAAACAAAAAACUUUUUUCACUGUUAUAGAUUGAAUAGCAGUCAGUUCCUUAAAGCGGAUGUGUCAGGCUCACAGUGGAUACUGUGCCCAUUUGCCCAGUGCCACGACUCAUAUCUGGUGUCACAAUAGCUUAAGCUUGACAUUUAAAAAGAAAAACAUUUUUUUUCACUGUAAUAUAUUGAAUAGCAGUUAGUUGUAUGCAAGCGUCUGGGUGUCAGGCCUCCUUCAGCGUGUGCUCUGCAGACCUCUGCCCGUGUACUUUGCCACUCAUAUCUGGUGUCUCUAUAGCGUGCUUUUACAAAGAAAAAAAGUUUUUCAGUGUAAGCUAAUAGCAGUCAGUGUCCUUAAAGCGGGUGUCAGGCCUCCUUCAGCGUGUGCUCUGCAGACCUCUGCACGUGUACUUUGCCACUCAUAUCUGGUGUCUCUAUAGCGUGCUUUUACAAAGAAAAAAAGCAGGUGUCAGGCCUCCUUCAGCAUGUGCUCUGCAGACCUCUGCCCGUGUACUUUGACACUCAUAUCUGGUGUCUCUAUAGCGUGCUUUUACAAAGAAAAAAGUUUUUCAGUGUAAGCUAAUAGCAGUCAGUGUCCUUAAAGCGGGUGUCAGGCCUCCUUCAGCGUGUGCUCUGUAGACCUCUGCCCGUGUACUUUGCCACUCAUAUCUGGUGUCUCUAUAGCGUGCUUUUAAAACCCAAAAACUUUUUUCACUGUUAUAGAUUGAAUAGCAGUUAGUUGUCUCAAAGCGGGUGUGUCAGGCUCACAGUGGAUACUGUGCCCAGUGCCACCACUCACUCACUGGUGUCACAAUAGCUUGCAUUUAAAAACAAAAAACUUCUUUCACUGUUAUAGAUUGAAUAGCAGUUAUUUGUCUCAAAGCGGGUGUGUCAGCCCUACAGCGUGUACUCUUCCAGUUUACAGUGCCACUCAUAUCUGGUGUCACAAUAGCAUGCAUUUAAAAACCAAAAAUCUUUUUUCACUGUUAUAGAUUGAAUAGCAGUUAGUUGUCUCAAAGCGGGUGUGUCAGCCCUACAGCGUGUACUCUGCCAGUUUACAGUGCCACUCAUAUCUGGUGUCACAAUAGCGUGCAUUUAAAAACCAAAAAUCUUUUUUCACUGUUAUAGAUUGAAUAGCGGUUAGUUGUCUCAAAGCGGGUGUGUCAGCCCUACAGCGUGUACUCUGCCAGUUCACGGUGCCACUCAUAUCUGGUGUCAUAAUAGCUUGCAUUUAAAAACAAAAAACUUUUUUCACUGUUAUAGAUUGAAUAGCAGUUAGUUGUCUCAAAGCGGGUGUGUCAGGCUCACAGUGGAUACUGUGCCCAGUGCCACCACUCACUCACUGGUACCCGGACGAAAUUUCUUUUCACAAAAGGCAAUCCCCAACCUGUACUCGAUUGUGCAAAAGGAAAUAAUGGCAUGUCUGGCACACGGUGUUGGGGCAAGGGUCCAUCUGACCACUGAUACCUGGUCUGCAAAGCAUGGUCAGGGCAGGUAUAUCACCUACACUGCGCAUUGGGCAAACCUGCUGACGGCUGCCAAGCAUGGAAUGCGUGGCUCUGCAGAGGAGUUAGUGACACCGCCAUGACUUGCAGGCAGGCCUGCUGCCACCUCCUCUACUCUUCCUACUCCAUCCUCUUCCAUAACCUCCUCGGCUGAGUCCUCUUCUGCUGCUGCGUCUUGCUCCACAUCAGCGGAUAGGGGACGUAACAGGGAUUAAACUGAUAAGAAUAGUACUACUUAACACACCACUCCUAUCUGGUGGCACAUUAGAUUGCACACGCAGUGCCCCAAAUUUGUUGUGAUCUGUGAGUAAGGUAAACGGUUGUCCAUACAAGUAAGGUUGCAGCUUUUUGAGGGCCCACACCACCGCCAGGCACUCCUUUUCAAUGGCAGUGUAUCUACUUCCUUGGGCAAAAGUUUCCGGCUUAGAUAAGCCCCGGGUUGCUCGCCGCCAUCUGCUCCGACUUGGCUCAGUACUGCUCCCAAUCUAAACAUAGAAGCGUCUGUAUGGACGAGAAAGCGUUUAGUUGGAUCAGGAGCAGAAAGUACAGGUGAUUUAAUGAGCGCCGUCUUGAGCUGUUGGAAGGCCUGUUCACUCUGGGGCCCAUGCUACUAUCUUGGGGAGGUUUUUACGUGUUCCUAUAUGGCACUUACUGGGCUUUAGGGUCAGUCCGGCCUCCCUAAUCCGGUCUAGUACGGCUCCUAUGUGGGUCAGGUGUUAGGGCCAGGAGCAGCUAAAAAUGGCUAUAUCAUCCAAGUAGGCGCAGGCAUACUCCUGAAACCCAUCCAGUAGCCGAUCUACCAUCCUCUGAAAGUUAGCCAGGGCAUUCUUCAUCCCGAAUGGCAUGGCCUUAAACUGAUACAGGCCAAACGAGGUGACAAAUGCCGACUUGUGGAUGGCGUCCUCGACUAAUGGAAUUUGCCAGUACCCCUUGCACAGAUCUAUUGUGGUGAGGUACUGGCCUCUGGCCAUUUUGUCUAGGAGCUCGUCUAUCCGGGGCAUAGACGAGGCAUCUGAGGUUGUUUUAUCGUUUAGCCUCUGGUAGUCUACACAGAAACGGGUCGUGCCUUCCCGUUUCGGUACCAGUACUAGUACUGUUCUAUCACCCCUAACUGCAUCAUUUCCUCAAUUUCUUUCUGAAUAUUUUCUUUAACUGCUUUGGGUAUGCGAUAGGCGGUUUGGCGAAGGGGGGUCUGGUCUAGGGUUUCAACUUUGUGAGUUGUUAACGGACUGUACCCAGGUAGGUUGGAAAAUGUGGCCCCCUGGUCCUGGAUUAGUCUUUGGACCUGGGUUCGCUCCUGGGCGUCUAACCGUUCUCCUAACUGUACUUCUCCCAGGUCUCCGCUCUGGCCCUCUAGGUCUAGGAGAUCUGGGAGUGGCAAAUUAUCAUAAUCUUCAGUGGCAGGUGCACAGAUUGCGGUUACCUCUUCAGUGCGCUCGUGGUAUGGCUUGAGCAUGUUCACAUGGAGCAUGCGCUUGCCUCCCGUGCCUGUGACCGCACCGAUCACAAAGGUGGUAUCACAAACCUGCUCUACCACCUUGUAUGGGCCCUGCCAGGAAGCCUGCAGCUUGUCCCUGUGGACAGUGUCAAUCCAUAUCUGCCAAGUGACCCUAUGUAGGGGAACAGUCUCUAUUCUGCUCUGUGUCAGUGUGUAUCAUGGUCUCUGAGGACAGGUGUCAAUCCAUAUCUGCCAAGUGACCCUAUGUAGGAGAAACAGUCCCUAUUCUGCUCUGUGUCAGUGUGUAUCAGGGGCUCUGAGGACAGGUGUCAAUCCAUAUCUGCCAAGUGACCUAUGUAGGAGGAACAGUCCCUAUUCUGCUCUGUGUCAGUGUGUAUCAUGGUCUCUGAGGACAGGUGUCAAUCCAUAUCUGCCAAGUGACCUUAUGUAGGGGGACCAGUCCCUAUUCUGCUCUGUGUCAGUGUGUAUCAGGGAACCUUAGGACAGGUGUCAAUCCAUAUCUGCCAAGUGACCCGAUGUAGGGGGAACAGUCCCUAUUCUGCUCUGUGUCAGUGUGUAUCAGGGAUCCUUAGGACAGGUGUCAAUCCAUAUCUGCCAAGUGACCCUAUGUGGGAGGAACAGUCCCUAUUCUGCUCUGUGUCAGUGUGUAUCAGGGAUCCUUAGGACAGGUGUCAAUCCAUAUCUGCCAAGUGACCCUAUGUAGGGGGAACAGUCUCUAUUCUGCUCUGUGUCAGUGUGUAUCAUGGUCUCUGAGGACAGGUGUCAAUCCAUACCUGCCAAGUGACCCUAUGUAGGGGAACAGUCUCUAUUCUGCUCUUUGUCAGUGUGUAUCAGGGAUCCUUAGGAUAGGUGUCAAUCCAUAUCUGCCAAGUGACCCUAUGUAGGGGGAACAGUCCCUAUUCUGCUCUGUGUCCGUGUGCAUCAGGGGCUCUGAGGACAGGUGUCAAUCCAUAUGUCAAGGUGUCAAUAUGUCAUGUCAGGUGUCAAUCCAUAUUCAUUGUGAUUUAGGAAUGUUAGGUGAUUUCUGCCCUUUAUGGAUUAAAACCAGACUCUGUAUCAACUGUGUAAUUUUCCAUGGGAGUUUUGCCAUGGAUCCCCCUCCGGCAUGCCACAGUCCAGGUGUUAGUCCCCUUGAAACAACUUUUCCAUCACUAUUGUGGCCAGAAAGAGUCCCUGUGUGUUUUAAAAUUCGCCUGCCCAUUGAAGUCUAUGGCGGUUCGCCCGGUUCGCCAGUUCGCGAACAUUUGCGGAAGUUCACGUUCGCCGUUCGCAAACCGAAAAUUUCGUGUUCGCGACAUCACUACUCUUAGACAGACAAACAAUAAACCUUGCUCAUCAAGCCAUUACUGCUAACAAGUAGAAAAUUAUAUUUUGGAUAAUCGUGUCGGAUUAGCAGGACAAGCCUAUUGGGAUAUUUAGCCACCAUACUUACAAAUGUAGAGUUUAUUCUUAAAUAGUUCAUCUAAUUAACUAGUGUAUAUAAUUGAAAUUCACUGUAUGUAAUGUUGUUGUCUGUUAUCAAUGUAUGUUUUGUCACAUAUACAUCAGGCCCCUGCAGAUUGAAUGCUCAAUUCUCUGCCAUGUUGUUUCUAUUGUACUUAAAUGAUACGGUGCAGCGUCCCAUGAAACAGGGAUUUUUAUUUAAUCCUUAGUCAUUCACAAAUGGAAAAAAUAAGAACAAGAUAUAGUUUAACCUUGACAUUACAGUGAUAAAUAUAUAGUGAAUCCUAAUCAUAUACUAUCAAAUAAAGAAACCAGUCCUGAGCUUAUGGGUUCUUUAAGGCUACCCAGCAGCCACUAUGGAAGCUGUACUUUAAAGAAAACCCUUCACCCAGACAAAGAAACUCAGCAGUCGGCAAUAAAGAAUAGUUUAGACUGCUCCAAAUAAAACCAAAAAGGUGUAUAUACAAUGGCAUACUCACAUUAUAUUGAGCCAGUUUAAGGGCUAUACAUUACGAGCACACAGUUGUUGUGUAAUCCUCAGGCACAACCUCAAAAAGCCAAAAGGAUACUGCUAGACAAGUAAAUUUGUAAUAAAAAAAAAAUUUGAAAUAUAGAAAUAGAAAUAUUUAAUCAUAGAAAAUAUUAAUAGAAAAUAUUUAAUCAUAGAAAAUGAACGCACCCAAACACGUUCUCCCCAAUUUUGGCUUCCUCAGUUGGUGAAUUACUAAUGCAAAAUGUGAACAUAUACAUAUAAAAAGCUAUGCAUGUCCAAUCGCAGUGCCCUUUGUCGAAUUCGGACUCCAAUUUUUUAAGAGACACAGCACCAUAUUAUUUAAAUAUCUAUUUUUAAUGUGAUGCUUUUGAUAGAGUAGGCACAAUGUUGAUGUUUAGCGACAGUGAUUGGUUAUUCCACUUAAGUUUUAUUUCUUUUUUUGCGCUGGCACUUUUAAAAUUUGUUCUGUUCCUUGUUUCUUUUUAUGCAGCAGCAGUAACAGCCAUACAUACCCUGGCUGUAACUCACACAGUCUCUAUGAACAGUGGUUUUAUUUUCAAUCAGCUCUUACAGUACAGUAUGUUUACUUUAGAAGUUAUCUCUAGCAGACUGUUAAUAAAGCAGGGUAUACGAAAUUCUAAAUAAAACACACAGUGCAAUAAGUUUAAAAAUCUCUCUGCACAGGAAGUGUGUUAGGAGACUGUGUAGGUUACAUGCAGAGGUGUGGCUAGGGCUGCAUAAACAAAGCAAAUAAUUGAGCCAUGGGACUGUAUGGGGCAUAAUCUAUACAUCAAAAGCACCUAAUUGAGCUAAAGUUUUAAAGCAGGCUUCCCCAAACUCUGGCCCUCCAGGUGUUGCUGAACUACAGCUCCCAUGAUUCUCAGCCUAUUUCAUUCAUAGAAUCAUGGGCAUUGUAGUUCAGGGAUGGGGUGUGCGAGCUGUGCGGCUGCACAGGGCGCCAUGCCAGUAGGGGGCACCAUGCUGCCGACACAGCUCGCACAUGGCCAGGGUGACAGCUGUGAGGAAGUGCUCAGAGCUCUCCCCUAAUGCUGGUCGCGCUGCACAGCACAACCAGCAUGACUGCUGUCUAGAUGUAAUGUACCCAACCAACCCGUUGCCCCCCCAAUGACACACAAGAGACCAUAUUAAGUUGGGUAAGGGAAACGGCCACAGCUUUAUUAAUUUUACAUGCCAGCAAAAACCAUACUGUCAGCUGUUGGGGUGAUUACCCAACAGACAGGUCUAUCCCAACAAACCAUGAGUCCAGAGCAGCCUGCCUCCGCCAUCAGCUCCCAGCAGGCUGCGACUCCCCAAGCCUCCUCUGCACUUCUUCACUUCUGCCUGUGCUGGCCAGGACUCCCGCCAUCGCAAUGAUGCCUUUCCCUCAGGCCUCCUGUCGUCAUUGCACCCCCCCGCCGACAGUGCAGCCUCAUUCCCACUCUGUAAACCCGUAUUAAGGAUAUCCAACCCGAUGACAUUCAAAUGUACCCUGUCCUUCCUAAUCAGAUCCCGGUUAUCACCUUCAAGCUCCACAUGUCGGACGACUACCCCACCCAUCCGACGUACGAAUUUUCCUACUGCAAUAUUAAGCUUGUGCCGGCUCUUCUCCAAUCCGCGUGAGUACGGCACCACGUGCCAGCACGGCCUGGAGACCACCUCUGAUCAAACCAAGGUCAUGUCCGGAAAUAUAGCCAUGCACCUCGCCAGGUCGUGCCGAAUCGCGUGGAGAAGGUCCACAGUCCUGGCUUCCCCUAAGUCAUUCCCUCCCGCAUGAACCACCGCCACCACUGGCCCCGAGACAAACUUCCGCAGCGCCACGAAUUCUGGGUAUACUUGAUGCCAGCGAAGACCCCUAAUGCCCUUCCACCGGACCCGGGCCAAGUCAAAUGAGAACCCCAAAUUCCAUCCAUAGGACCGUUCCUCUGCUCGCCGAGCAGCCCAGUACACGUAGGAAUGCCCUAUAAUCCACAUGUACCGGGGCCGACCACCUACAACGAGAAGAGGAUUACAGCAUAUGAGAACGGACAUAAGACUUAAAACGCCUCGACUCCCACCUACCAAUGCGCCAAAUGCCUGCUGCCGAGUAGCCCAAUAAACUCGUCUGAGUGGCAGCCCCGAUCCGAAAGGAAUGUGCCGAAAAUCCUUGACCAUCCAUCCCCCCAGCGGCCGACGAUCUCCGCAGCAUGGCUUAGAACUGAUACCGCGUGAGAGGCGACCCAUCCAAGUGAGCUAGCAAUGGGCCCCCCCGCUCCGGGCGCACCCUCAGAAAUUUGUGAAAGGCCCCAACCGGACAUACUUCGUCCCCAGUGGCCCCUAAAUAAACCCAGGCUCCACGGGCCACUUGGUCCGUCUUAGACCGCCAAACAAGAAUGUCAAUGGUAGAAGUAGACCACCGCACAUCAGACAACGCCAACGGCGAGGCCCUCCGCCUACUAGGAGCAACCAGCUCGCCGAUGCGAAAAGCUCCAAAGAAACAGAACGAGAAGGCCAAACGAAAUAAUUUGGACUCAAACUCUGAAUUACAGACUGUCGGCAAAACUGCGAGAUCGGGCGACGACGAUCAGGGCACCGCCGCAGACGCCACCCCUUUAUCACUUGCCAAUCCAUGAAACAAAACAGAAAGAACAGAGCAGCCAGCGCCUUUUCUGCCACCGCGCAAGACCUACCUCACUUGACCAUGUCAUCCAACAUCGACAGAGUCGCCUCCAGACGCUCGGCUUCCGCUGAUACGUCUCCGUCCCAUGCUGACGACAACCAUUGUCUCCACACUGUCCUCCAACGAGGAGUCUUCCAGUAAGACUCCGCCAACGAAUCCGUCACCAAGCCCAUCAGGCCUCGAAAUCGAGCAUCCAUAAGGAGUCCGGACAAGUCACACCGAUCCCCCGCACCUCUGGCGCUGCCUUGCGAAACCGCUCCCACUGCAAUCGAGACAAGGCGUCAGCCACCACAUUUUGCACACCCGGGACAUGACGCGCCCGCACCCAAACGUUAAACUGCAGACUAAGUAGCACGAGCCGCCGGAGAAGCGCCAAAACCGGUGGAGAUGAGCAGGACGACCGGGCAAUCACAUGGACGACACUCAUGUUGUCCGUGUGAAAGACCACAGUGUGAUUUCUGAAGUCCUCACCCCAUAGUUCCAGUAUGACCACGAUUGGGAACAGCUCCAGAAAAGUCCCAUCGGGGAGGACCGCCAUUCCUCAGGCCACGCCCCCACGCACCACUGGCCCCGAAAAUAUGCCCCCAAACCAAUGGACCCUGAGGCAUCCGUAAAGAGGUCUAACGCGGAAUUGGAGGUGGCCUCCCUCAACCAGCACGAGUGCCCAUUGUAACGGCGUAGGAAGGAGCUCCACACUGCCAGAUCCGCCCAAAGGCGCCUCGUGAUCCGAAUGUAAUGGAAGGAUCCUCACCCUCACCGUGGACAAUGACAAUCUGCGACAAAAUGCCCGACCCAUCGGUAAUACCCGACAUGCGAAAACCAAGUGGCCCAGUAGGCACUCCAUUUGGCGAAACUGAACCUUCUUGGAACCCUUGACCAGGUCAACCAGACGAAGUAACACCGCCAACUUCUCAACCGGAAGCCGAAAAACCAUACUCUCUGUAUCAAUCUCGAUACCCAGAAACGACAGAACCAACACUGGGCCAACCGUCUUUUGCUCCGAAACUGGAACUCCAAAAUCCGACGCUAUGCAUCGGAAGGCCUGCAGCAAAGAAAGGCAAUCCUGAGAACACGACGGACUAACGAACAAAAAAUCGUCCAGGUAAUGAGUCAAGGAACCCAGACCUGACACACGUGCCGUGACCCACUCCAAAAAAGAGGAAAACAGUUUGAAAUAAGAACAAGAGAUAGCGCAGCCCAUGGGCAUGCACAUAUCAAUAGUAGAACCGUUAGCAAAACACCAUAGUAAGUGGAAACAGCCCGAUGAACCGACAACAAAUGAAAGGCGGACUUAAUAUCCGAUUUUGCUAAUAACGCCCCCCGACCGGCCCGCCGAAGAAGGAGCAAUGCCGAGUCAAAGGAAGCAUAGUGCACCCUGCACACAUCCUUGUCAAUGUCGUUGUUUACCGACGCCCCCGCAGGGUACAACAGAUGGUGAAUUAACAUAAAAGCUCCUGGAUUAUUUUUGGGAACCAAACCCAACGGAGAGACCCUCAAAUUGUGGAAGGAGGGGGAGUUAAAGGGGCCGGCCAUGUGGCCCCGUUGAAUCUCCGCCUCCAAAUUUUCCCGUAACAAGCCCUCUUUUCCCCGAGUGGACCGCAGGUUGUCAGCAAACAGACCCUCGUCCGACAGCACGGAUGGAAUCCAGAAACCCUUCGUGAACCCGUCAAACAAGAGAUCCGCAACGUCACGUUUAGGAUACUGGUCGAGCCACGGUCACAUCUUGGCACUGGGUCAGGCUCCGCCCAUACUCCUCAUCAGUCGGCGGGGAGACCUAAUGUGCAUGCGCAGGAACGGCCACGCUCGCAUUAGGAUUUCCCCAUAGGAAAGCAAUUUUCAAUGCAGAGCGUGAGGACGUCCAGCGUCACAUAACGGACCAAAUGUCGGUUUUGAUACAGGAAGCGCCCCCAGUGGCUUUCUGGUAGACAGCCACUGAGGGCAGACUUAGAGCUCCAAUGUAAACAUGGCAAUUCUCUGGAAAGGCAAUGUUUUACAUUGCAGCACUAAGUGCAAAAGGGACACAGCACCCAGACCACUCAGAUGAGCUGAAGUGGUCUGGGUGCCCACAGUGUUUUCCCUCCCUCCCCAAAAAAAGUUUUCUCUCGCUCUCUCACUUUUAGCAGGCAGGAAAGCCUAACUACAGGAUUCUCUAAGGCAGUUUGGUGACAUCGGGUGGAGGCUUGACAGACAAAGUCAGGAGCUUCCCCUGGCAGUGGAGUCCAGGUGAGUAAAAAAUCCUUUAUUUGCAGGUUUUUCUCCAAAAUGAAGGGUAAGUGGCUAAUUUGUAGUGAUUAUUAAGGCUUUUUAAAUAAAUAAAUACAAAUAUGGGUAACCCUUUAAAUAUGUGAUAUACAUUUAAAAGAAAGCAUACCUUAUAAAAAAAAGUUUAUAGGUGAUUUUCAAUCGUUUAUUCAGUGAUAUAAUUUUCAGAGAAGUGGAAAUCCUUUUUUCAAUUUUUAUAAAACUAUUUUGCCAUGUCAAGAUAUGCAAAUUUCUACAUUAGUAGCUCUAAAAUGGAAAAGUAUAGGCAAAAGUAGGAGGAAUGUGUUUGCGUAAAGCCAAAAGAAUGGGAAUGCUGGUAUCAAUUUUUGAGGAAAAUGUAUUCAUACUUACCGUAAUUUUCUUUUCCUGGCUAUUACUCAUAUGGGUUAGCUAGCUACUCCCCUUACAGCCGAUAGGACAGGAAUAAAACAAAUGUCUUUAAAGGGAGUAUCCCUGUAUAGGUCCCUCAGUCAGUAACAAGCUCCUACAGAAUAAGUAAAACCAACACUGGGUGGGUAGUAUAUCCUGCCAUGAAUAAUAGCCAGGAAAAGAAAAUUACGGUAAGUAUGAAUACAUUUUCCUCUUUCCUGGCUAAUCAUGGCUGUAUAUACAUAUGGAAAUACCCAAGCUUACCAGGGAGGGACAGAAACAUACGUAACUGCCAAUCAAAUAAUCAGAACAAUUCAAGUUAGAUUAGAAGAUUGAACUGAGUUAAGGACGUGACAUCCAAACUGCGUCUCAUUGAUUGCUUUAUUGUCCAGUAUGUAAUGCUGGACAAACGAGUUCAAAGGGGUCAAAAUGCCAACUUUACAAAGUUUCAGCAGAGACCAUUACUAUGGAAGCCUACAAUGCUGCAACUGCAUGAGUGGAGAGUGCCCCGAAAUUCCUUGGUACAGGUAGAGAAUGGCAUUGAUAAGCUUUCCUGUUGAAAUUCAGUGAAUGGGGGUACACAGGAUCAAGCCUGGAGUUCACACAUUCACUUUGCUGAGGUACCAACAUCAGCUAACAUCAUUGAAGCUCCUUCUAGAGGUUUGAAUGAUUGUUUAGUCAAAGCCUGUAAGACCAGUGGUAGAUCACAUAUUGGCUUCAACACUGUGAAGAAACCACACACCUUAUUCGUUAACUUUGAUUUUUCUCGUUCAGUAUAUAAAACUACCAAACACAGACCACCCCCCUGGCUCAUUAUCUACAAAGAAAACCGCAUAUUAAGUGCUCUCCCUGUGUGGCCGCAGUUCGCAUGGCCGAACGCCACGUGUUGGAUAAAACGGUGGCCAUCUUGUUCACACGAAAAGAGGCGGGACCUGCUCAUCGAGUGUCUGGAACUAAAAUCAGACACUCUACUUCCCGAACGCUGGUCAACUUCGUGAACGCCUGCAUCUUUUCACCAACCAGCCAGGACAGCGCUAUUCGGUAGUUUUGUUCCCACGAAGUAGGGGAACAAAUGCUACCCAUGAGCCAAGGGAACAGUUCGUGAAUUUGUUCGGUUUUUAGACUUCCUGAAAUAGACCGACUGCUACCUCUGAAACUGUGGAACUGUUUUUGAGCAUAGGAUCUUAUAUGCAGUCGGUCAAAUUAUGAGCUCCCUGGAAAUCCCGAACCUCUAAACCGAUGUGAGUGAUUUUUGGAUAUGUUGGUCCCCCAAAUCAGGGCUAUCAGGGGAUAUGGUGGGGUUUCCAUUUUGUGGGGUUUCCAUUGGUUUUAAGGUCAUUUCUGGGUUUUGUUGAAAUGCAUGUAUAGUAUAGGGCUAUUCCAGCUAGGGAAGCUAGCUGAAGAUAGGAGGAGAUCUUCGGGCAUAUCCUAUGCUAUUGAGGGAAGUUGCUAAUAUUUAUAUUUUCCCCUAUAAUCACUUUUUGGGAGAAACAGUGUUAUUGCAUGUGGACACCAGAAACACUUUUUGUAAAUUUGUGAGAGAUACUAUUUUAUCAAAUUUUGUGGAAAUGUAUGUUUUUUUGUGUCUGGAGAUAAGUGAGUUUAGUACAAUCCUUGACUCAAUUAUCUCCCAGGCAAACAGAAAACAUAUCUUCAGACACUCAGGAUGUUACAGCCGCAGGCAGAUUUAUUGAAAUAGAAAGGACAGCAAUGUUUCGACCUAACAGGAGGACUUUGUCAAGCUAACACCACAAAACAACAUAAGUGUAUAUAUAGUAGACAUGUGCAAUUAAUUUCGGUCCGAAUGUGAAUUCGCCCGAAUUUCUGAAAAUUUGGACAUUCGGGUACUUCCGAAUGUCCGAAUAGAUUAAUUGCCAGAUAGCCGAAUUUCCGAAGUGUCGAAGUUGCGAAGUACAGUAUUGCCUAAGAACUAAUAUACUUACCCAGUGGAAGAAUGAAGAAUGUUACAGUGUAUACAAUUUUAAAUAAAAAGUAUACAAACGUCGCCAGGAUUCAGCUGUAAGCAUUUGCAACACUUACAACAAUCAAGUAACACACAUUCAUAUAAAAUGUAAGUUACUUAGCCAGUCAAUGUAAAGACAGGAAUGAAUAAGUAGAUAACUCCCUAAUUCCCACGGUAUUAGGAAGCUAUCUACUAAAAGGCUGAAAGACCUAAAUUGGUCUUUCAGCCAAAUUUACUAAUACUAAGUAAAGAUUACUUAGUAUUAGUAAAUUAUGCCCUUACUCGCUAUACCGCGAGUAGGGGCAUGUCUAGUAAACAGUGAGCAGCCUGUCCUCCCCUCGGCCCCCACCCCUGAGCGGCGGCCCUAAAUCAGAAUAAGGGGGGACCUAAUGUCCUCCCUCCUGGCCCCCACCCCUGAGCGGUGGUUAGGGGCCCUAAAUACCAGUUAGGGGGGGGACCUAAUGUCCUCCCCCCUGUCCCCCACCCCUGAGCGGCGGGUGGGGGCCCUAAAUACUAAUAAGGGGGGUCCUAAUGUCCUCCCCCCUGGCCCCCACCCCUUAGCGGUGGGUGGGGGCCCUAAAUUAGAAUGGGGGGACCUAAUGUCUUCCAACUUGGCCCCCCCUGAGCGGUGGGUGGGGGCCCUAAAUACUAAUAAGAGGGGGACCUAAUGUCCUACCCCCUGGCCCCCACCCCUUAGCG